AAUGCCACGCGCCCGGGUUUUCCCGGACGAACGGACAUCCCCGCCGCCGGUGUUAUUCUGCGUCCGGGAAAAUCCGGGCCCCGCAGCAGCCUCAGAUCCUCAGACAGGAGGUGUUAUGAAUGUAAUGAGUAAUCAUCUAAUGUUUAUUGGAUGGAUUCCCCCCCCAAAUUUAUUUUUGAAUUCUGAAUUUAUUGUUAUUCACGUUUUAUACUGUAUUUUAUGCUGUUUUUUUGUUGCAUCAAAUUUGUUGUUAGCUGCCCUGAGCCCGGUUUUCUGAACCGAGAAGGGCAGGGUAUAAAUAAAAAAAAUAUUAUCUAUUAUUAAUCAUCAUCCCGAGGGAUGAAUCCUUCUCCCCUCCUCUGGAUUUUUUCUCCCUCCCUCUGGGACCCUGUUCUGUCACUUCUACCUCGCACAACGACCCUGCGAGGUAGAUUAGGCAGAGAGGGAGAGAGGGGAAUAAGUCGCCGGCCCCAAGUGACUUGGGGUGUGUAUGUGGAAGCAAGACCCCCGUUUUAUCCUCACAGCAACACCUGUGGAGGAAAUUAUUCUGAGGGUCACCUAGUCAGGAAUGGACUGUGGCAAUAGGCUUUCCUUGGCGAGGAUGUUUGGCGCCCACACCUAAAUAUUUCUUCUUUUCACAAUGAUUCCUUUGGGUGCCGUUGCUUUUUUAUAGAUAUUUUCAGCAGGCACCUGCGUAAAUAUAGGUGGUGCUGAUGGUUAUUUUGAGCCCCGUCUCUUCUCAGCGACCUGUGCAGGGGACACAUGUGCACUGCCCUAAACCCAGAGAGUGGGCCUUCCCCCAAUUUUUUAUUAUAAUUUUAAAUUUUUCUUUGGUUCGGUUUAUGAAUUAGAAUCCUAGAAUCCUAGAGUUGGAAGAGACCACAAGGGCCAUCGAGUCCAACCCCCUGCCAAGCAGGAAACACCAUCAGAGCACUCCUGACAUAUGGUUGUCAAGCCUCUGCUUAAAGACCUCCAAAGAAGGAGACUCCACCACACUCCUUGGCAGCAAAUUCCACUGUCAAACAGCUCUUACUGUCAGGAAGUUCUUCCUAAUGUUUAGGUGGAAUCUUCUUUCUUGUAGUUUGGAUCCAUUGCUCCGUGUCCGCUUCUCUGGAGCAGCAGAAAACAACCUUUCUCCCUCCUCUAUGUGACAUCCUUUUAUAUAUUUGAACAUGGCUAUCAUAUCACCCCUUAACCUCCUCUUCUCCAGGCUAAACAUGCCCAGCUCUCUUAGCCGUUCCUCAUAAGGCAUCGUUUCCAGGCCUUUGACCAUUUUGGUUGCCCUCCUCUGGACACGUUCCAGUUUGUCAGUGUCCUUCUUGAACUGUGGUGCCCAGAACUGGACACAGUACUCCAGGUGAGGUCUGACCAGAGCAGAAUACAGUGGCACUAUUACUUCCCUUGAUCUAGAUGCUAUACUCCUAUUGAUGCAGCCCAGAAUUGCAUUGGCUUUUUUAGCUGCCGCGUCACACUGUUGCUUCCCCGUCUCCAAGGGACAUUAAAAAAUAAAAUAUAGGUUUUUUUUCCAUAGGAGAAUAAGCACAAAUGAAACGAAACUUAGGCUACGGUUUGUCAGUCACAUUUGGUAUAGUUAAAGCGGAACAAAAUGUUAAUUCGUUGCUGAAUUGUUUAUUUUAUUUAUUUGAUUACAACUACCCUGUGAGGUAGCAAUUUGUAAGGACGUAGGGGGGAAUGCUGGGAAAUCAACCUCCUCCCCUUAAUUAUGACCCCCCCAAACACUCAGACACAGAUUCCUAGGGACACCCCAAGUUUCCCCCUUCCUGAACCAUUAUUUCUAAUUCAUGAAGUUCUCUCUGUGUUUGUGUGUGUGUACAGUACUCUUAAAGCACAUUUGAGGCACAUCCUUUCCCUCAAAGGAUUCUGGGCCUUGUAGUUUACCCCUCACACAGCUCCUGUUCCCAGCAUCCCUUAGCAAACUGCGGCACCCAGAAUUCUUUGCGGGAAAGGCUUCGCUUUUUUGAAAGUGCUUGAAAGACUUAAGAAGGUUUGGUGUGGCUUGUUGCUUUAAAAAGGAGGUGUCGGCUCCCGUAGCUCCGCCCCGUCAAACCCCGGAUCCGGAAGCAUCAAAGGGGAAAACCGCGUGGGUGGAUCGGAGAGAUGGAGACCGAACAGAAGCGCUUCGAUUCUGGGGAUCUCCCUGCGCUGCGCCGGAUCCUGUGUGAGCAGGGACUGCUGUCCCGUCCUGAUGGAUCUGCCUCCUGGAUGCAGGGUCAGCCGUGGCUUCCUUUCCCUCACCUCCUCCCCCUUUCGUGCUCCUCCAUCUCUGGAUUAUAUCCUUUUAACUAGCGCUAUUGAUACUCCGUAGGUGUGGGGUGCAGACGGGCGUUUCUCAGGUCUCCCCUUCCAAGCUCCUGAGAGCUUUUAAGGUUCUCUUUGGCUCGGGGUCUUUAUUCCCUCGAUAUCGCCCUGUUGCUCCUACUGUUUGGGAUGGGUGUCUGGUCUUUAGUCUCAUAUCUCCCCGGCUCCUUUCUUAGCCCGAGUACCAGAUGCUUAAUACUGAAUACCCUUUGCUUUCCUAACCCCCCUCCAAAACAGAGCUUUUAGAUCAUAGAACUGCAACGUUGGAAGGGGUCCCAAGGGUGAAAUCUACUCCAAACCCCUGCAAUGCAGGAAUCUCAGCUAAAACAUCCAUGACAGAUGGCCUCCGAUCUCUGCUCCAGUGAAAUAGAACCCAGAACCUCCCAAGGGAGUCCAUUCUACUGAGCAACAACCCCUACUGUCAGAAAGUUUUUCCUGAUACAGUAUUUAAUCAGAAUCGCCUUUAUUGUAACUCCCCGCAAGUUAACCCUGGUAGGUUAUGGUUAAAUUACAGAGUUUGCUACCCCAUGGUUUGGUGGUACACCACCAACUUGCAUAGCUUAAAAAGGGAAUUAGGCACAUUCAGGAUGGAUAGGGUAUCGCUGGCUGCUUGUCAUGUUGGCCUUGUGUAUCAAAGGCAGUGUGCCUCUGUAUGCAACUUGCCAGGGAUCACAAGCAGGAGAGCGCUGUUACUCCCAUGUCUUGCUUGUGGGAUUCCCAUGGGCACCUGUCCCUGGUGGCUGGUGCCCAUUGAGAAGGAUAGGGUGGAAGGCAGAGAAUCCAGCAGUUAGGCUUCCAGAGCCAAUGACAAGCACAGCCAACUAAAGCUAGUUUGGCCCCCUGUCCACGUCCUUAACUGAGUUCUGUAAUGACAAUGCCAAAGCUAAGGGGGAGGAUCAAGGGUCUUGAAACCAAGUCUUAUUAGGAAUGGUUGAGGGAGAUGUUUAGCCUGGAAAAGAGGAGACUGAAAGGAGAUAGGAUAGCCAUUUUCAAAUAUGUGAAGGCCUGUCACUUGGAAGAUGGCGCAAGCUUGCUUUCUCUUGCUCUGGACCAUGGGUAGGCAAACUAAGGCCCGGGGGCCGGAACCGGCCCAAUCGCCUUCUAAAUCCGGCCCACGGAUGGUCUGGGAAUCAGCGUGUUUUUACAUGAGUAGAAUGUGCCCUUUUAUUUAAAAUGCCUCUCUGGGUUAUUUGUGGGGCAUAGGAAUUCAUUCAUUCUCCCCCCCCCACCAAAAAAAAAAUAAUAGUUCGGCCCCCCACAAGAUCUGAGGGACAGUGGACCGGCCCCCUACUGAAAAAGUUUGCUGACCCCUGCUCUGGAUGCUAGGACCCACACCAAAUGGAUUCAAGUUACAAGAAAGGAGAUUGUGACUUAUAAGUCAUGAAGAACUUUCUGACAGUAAGAGCAGUUUGAUAGUGGAACAGACUCCCUUAGGAGGUGGUGGACUCUCCUUUCUUGGAGGAAUUUAAGCAGAGGUUGGAUCUGUCAUGGGUGCUUACUAGUUGAGAUUCCUCCAUUGCAGGGGGUUGGGCUAGAUGACCCUCUGGGGUCCCUUCUAUGAAACUGGGAGGCAGUGCUAUGGUCAGAACUGCUUGUAAAUAAGAAAGCAGGCUGGAGGGGGCUGGGUAAGGGCAGACUGCAGUUGCUGGGGCAGGGCCUCAUUUGCCCUAAUGAACCACCUUGUGCUGAAAAAAGGAAAUAAACAGAAUGGAAAAGGCAACUUGUUUGGUUUAGAAAAAAGCUGUGACUGCUUCUUUCCCCUCACCCCAGGGCAGCUGGAUUGUGAACGUUCCUCAGACUUCUUUCUUCUCUCCUCCCUUCAAGGGGACCCUCGCUUCUAUGGUAGCAGUUAGGGGAGGGGGGAGCUGGAUGGUGACUGUUUCAUCACCAAAUUAGGCCAAAUUGUUCAUGCCCCCCUUCCCCUGCUUUUUUCCAGGGGACACUUCAGUACUGGUUGGAGUGUACGGGCCAACUGAAGUCAAGGUCAGCAAAGAGAUCUAUGAUAAAGCUACCCUGGAAGUGCUUCUGAGGCCCAAAGUGGGUCUACCAGGUGAGAAGUAUUGCAAACCGACUCAUAUAUCCCCUUUUGGGAGUUGCUUUGACCCAGGUGCUUGCCCCUAGAAUUUGCAUAAUCGGGGCAAAGUUGGGGCAUGCAGGCCUACUUGCUAAUGUUGGUGUUCGUUUAAAUGAAUAGGUGUCGCGUUCUAAUACUGUAUUUGCAUGCUGCAAUUUGGGAAUUUCUUUCGUGGAGGGCGUUAAAAAUACAAAAGGAGGCGUCGAGUGAAGCAUUUGUGGGGGGCACAGGGCUAUGUGGGCUCGCUAUAAUAUUGACAGGCAGGCUAGUUGUUCCCUUGCACUAAUUGCAAUUUCAGCGAGAGACUCCCAUGUUUAUACCAACUCCAUGCUAGGGGAGGUCCUCAGCCAAUGCACGUUUGUAUAUUGGUAUGCAUGCUGAACUAAUUCAUUUGUGAAAUGCAUAGCUGGUGGGGUUUGUGGCCAGCAGGUGGAGCUAGUUUGCACAGCCCUAUGAUGCCCCCCACCCCAUCCCUGUUCACCUAAAUAAGGCAUAGGCAAACUCCGCCCCCCCCCAGAUGUUUGAGACUACAAUUCCCAUCAUCCCUGACCACUGGGCCUGUUAGCUAGGGAUGAUGGGAAUUGUAGUCUCAAACAUCUGGACCUAAAUCUGCCAUCGUGUAAACCAUCCUCGAUCUGAGAACAAAGGUGGAAUGGGAUGGGAAUUCAGUAAAUCACUUGUUACUGGGUUGGCAUUGGGAGCCAGUGUCCAGAAGGGUGGACACAACUGAUUACUUGCAGUGUCUGGGUGAAAGGUACAGUUAGCUGUAUUUCUAACCCAGUAAGACAGUCAUAGGUGCUGGAUUUCCCAGCUCUGCUGCUGAGAUUCUUCAACAGAAGAUGAAAGUGUUUACCUUCUGUAUUCAACAAGCUACAGUGAGCCUUGGGGGGUCAUAAACUCCCUCAUCCCCUCUCCACUGGUGUGACCGCAAGGAAGAGAUUAGAAACUUCUGAUGUCACUUGAUCACAAUUUAGUGUGUCGCUUAAACCUGUCUUCCACUGCCUCCCACAGUUUGGUCAGACUCAUGUUGGUAGCUUCGAGAACACUGUCCAACUAUCUCGUCCUCUGUCGUCCCCUUCUCCUUGUGCCCUCCCUCUUUCCCAACAUCAGGGUCUUUUCCAGGGAGUCUUCUCUUCUCGUGAGGUGGCCAAAGUAUUGGAGCCUCAGCUUCAGGAUCUGACCUUCCAGUGAGCACUCAGGGCUGAUUUCCUUAAGAACGGAUGGUUUGAUCUUCUUGCAGUCCAUGGGACUCUCAAGAGUCUCCUCCAGCACCAUAAUUCAAAAGCAUCAAUUCUUCGGCGAUCAGCCUUCUUUAUAGCCCAGUUCUCACUUCCAUACAUCACUACUGGGAAAACCAUAGCUUUAACUAUACAGACCUUUGUUGGGAAGGUGAUGUCUCUGCUUUUUAAGAUGCAUGUUUUUAAAUGGGCACAAAACACUUGGAAACCUUUGGGUAACAAGUCUAAUCAUAAGUAAUAAAGCCAUGGUAACGAACAUGGAGCUCCUUAAGAAUGGAUAGGUUUGAUCUUAUUGCAGUCCACGGGACUCUCAAGAGUCUCCUCCAGCACCAUAAUUCAAAAGCAUCCAUUCUUCAGCGAUCAGCCUUCUUUAUGGUCCAGCUCUCACUUCCAUAUACAUCACAACGGUGGUUAAAUGUCCACUAUGGCUUGUUUAAAGAAGCUAGCUUCAUAACACCUGCUUUGAAGAUGGCACGGUUCAAACCCAACUCAUCAUCUGCAUUAAUGACAGCUUGUUGGUUCAGACCAGUGGUGGGUAAUCAAAAUGGAAGUGAACGUUUUCUCCUUGUGGCCAUGCCGGAAGGGUUUGGGGAAUGCUUGGGGAAAUGACUUGUUCUUGUCACAAUAAACUAUGCCUUAGUGUGAUGUCAUUGAGUUAAAACUGCUCCGCGUGUCCCCUGAGUGGGAAGCUCGACGUGUGUCACCUUUGUUAAAUCUUUCAUUAUAUCCAUUUCCAAAAUGUCUCUGCAUGGCAGUGUUAGCAAGUGAAAACUCAAAACUCGUCCCCGUGUUGUUCUAAUUUAAAUUUAGCAUGUGUGCUCACCAUUCAUCUCCUUCCCCCACCCCCAGGAACUAGCAUAAUCAAAAGGUGAGAUGAGCUGUUAUCUUCAUAACCAACUGGGCCAUCUGGUAUCCUGCAGUGAUACCAUCUGGAUAUCUUGUUCCCUCCACAGGGAGCUCACAAAAGAAAAUUGCUGGCAUCAGAGAGAAAAAAAAGAAUUUCUCCCUUUUUUUCCCCACCCGCUGAGACUUUCAGUGCAUGUGAAACCUCCAGAGGGGGCUGGCUUUGCUGUGAAUAAUUAAAUUAAGAAACAAAAGAAUUUGUUUCCUUUUCUGUGGAAACAGAAGAGCUUUAAAAAAAAUCAAAUCCUGCUGAUCCUAUUUGCAGACUUGACGGUAUUAAUGGGAAAAGAGGAAGAGAAGUGUGUCUGGACAUGUGCGUGCCUUUAGGUCCUGCGUACUUAAGGAGAGUAGCUUCUGAUGUGCAAGAUUUUGAGUUUCACAGAAAUCUUUGUUGGGCAUGAAAGGUUCUGUGGAACCUGAAAGCCUGUGUAGGAACAUAAGAAGCUACCUUAUACAGAGUCACACCACUAGCUCCAUCUAGCUCAGUGUUAUGUACACACUGACUGACAUCUGCUCUCUCCAGGAUUUCAGACAGACAGCCUCUCCCAGAAACUAUCUGGUGAUGCUGAGAAUUGAACUGGGAGCAUUCUGCAUGCAAAGCAGAUACUCUGCCAAUGAGCUGGGGUCCUUCCCAUGCUCCUGACUUUAUCUGAAACUAUCCACCUUGCCAACAAAGGUCCGUAUAGUUCAAGCUAUGGUUUUCCCACUAGUGACGUAUGGAAGUGAGAACUGGACCAUAAAGAAGGCUGAUCACCGAAGAAUUGAUGCUUUGAAUUAUGGUGCUGGAGGAGACUCUUGAGAGUCCCAUGGACUGCAAGAAGAUCAGACCUAUCCAUUCUUAAGGAAAUCAGCCCUGAGUGCUCACUGGAAGGUCAGAUUGUGAAGCUGAGGCUCCAAUACUUUGACUACCUCAUGAGAAGAGAAGACUCCCUGGAAAAGACCCUGAUGCUGGGAAAGAUGGAGGGCACAAGGAGAAGGGGACGGCAGAGGACGAGAUGGUUGGACAGUGUUCUCGAAGAUACCAACAUGAGUUUGACCAACCUGCGGGAGGCAGUGGAAGACAGGAGUGCCUGGCGUGCUCUGGUCCACGGGGUCACGAAGAGUCGGACACGACUAAAUGACUAAGCAACAACAAAGCAUCCAAUAAAAAAUAGAAUUUUAUCUGCGUAUGUACCUGCCCUUUGGGAUCAAGACAGCAGCCAUUAAUAGAAUUUGUGAUGUGGGCGGCUGUUUCUUCAAGUGAUUUGUGUCGUGCUGUAGGACCUGGGGUGGGGCGGGGCAUUUCCUGGAUUUAAUCAUUUCAGGUGACAGAAUGCAUGUCUCAACAUUUGCAGGGCUGCUUCAUACAGUGGCUAGUUAAAACUAUGGAACUCACUCCCACAGGAGCCACCAAUGUGGAUAUUUAAAAGUGGAUUGGGGGAGAGGAUUGGACAUGGGAGAUAACUCUUGUCAAUGAGGAAAAGCCUUCCCAUUGCGUUCUGCUGAAUGUAUAAACCCCACUUAAGACUCCCUGUUGCUCAGGGCCAAUAUAAACUUUAAGGCACAGUAGAACAUAGUGCUUUGGAUUCCUAGCCCCAUGGACGCUGGAGAAUUUUUCGGCUUCCCUCAAAAAUGGUGCAUCAUGGAUAAAUAGAACCUCCGUAUGCAGUGGCAGUCUGCCGCCGAGGCCACAUCAAGGUAAAAGGCCAUCAUUUUCCAUACCCUGCUUCUGCGUUGCCUAGAAACAUCCAGCAAGCUGCUGUUAGGGAAUUGGAUGACUAUUGGUCUGAUCCGAGAAGGCAGCCCCGGCGCUUGAGCCUCGGCAGUGUGACCUUUCAGAAGAUGAUUGCUUUGAGCCUCGUAUUUCUCUGUGGCUCACCUGCAGUGCUCUUUGCUUUCCUCCCGCCCAGGUGUCUAUGAGAGAAGCCGAGAGCAGAUGAUCAAGAAGACGUGCGAGGCAGUGGUCCUGGGAACCCUUCAUCCCCGUUCCUCUAUUACGGUUGUGCUUCAGGUAGUCACAGAUGCCGGCUCUGUAUCCUUUCUGAGUAUUAUUAUUAUUAUUAUUAUUAUUAUUACCUGCCCUUCACCCUGAGGUCCCAAGGACAGUGAUAACAGCUAGAUUGCUGGCUGGGAUUCCCUUGAGAUCACAUGCAACCCCAGUUUUAAAACAUCUGUACCAGUUGCCGGUUCAUUUCUAGGCCCAAUUAAAGAUGCUCAUAUUAGUGUUUAAAGCUGUAAAUGACUCAGGCUCCAAAUACCUGAAAAGCCACCUCCUUCCCUCUUAGGUGAUGAGAUCAACCAUGGGUAGGCAAACUAAGGCCCGGGGGCAGGAUCUGGCCCAAUCACCUUCUCAGUCCGGCCCGCGGACGGUCCGGGAAUCAGCGUGUUUUUACACGAGUAGAAUGUGUGCUUUUAUUUAAAAUGCAUCUCUGGGUUAUUUGUGGGGGGCAUAGGAAUUCGUUCACACACACACCCCGUCGAAAUAUAGCCUGGCCCACCACAUGGUCUGAGGGACAGUGGACCGGCCCCCUGCUGAAAAAGUUGGCUGACCCCUGAGAGAGAGGGCCCUUUUGUUUGUUGGAGGGUGGCGCCCCCUAAGUUGUGGAACUCCCACCCCGCAGAGGUGCACCUGACACCUUCAUUACAAUACAUCUUUCAGCAAAUGCUGAAGACCCACCUCUUAGCUCUGACCUUUAACACGGAAGACACAUGUUUUCAGGACCCACCAUAUAUCUGUGAUGGCAAGUCACUUCCAACUGUUUUUAAUGUUGUGUAAUACUGUGGAGGAUAUUAAUAUUGUGUUGCAACUCACUUUGAGGCCUUAGACGGGCGAUAUAAUAAUAGUAAAUGACCCUAACAAUGGUAAUUUAAAAUACAACAUUCAAAAUGGUUUGAAGCAACCGAAAAUUACUGAAAUAUGGUGGCUCCUACAAAUACAGUGGUACCUUGUAUUACAGAUGCUUCAGGUUACAGACUCCGCUAACCCAGAAAUAGUACCUCGGGUUAAGAACUUUGCUUCAGGAUGAGAACAGAAAUCGUGCAGCAGCAGCAGAAGGCCCCAUUAGCUAAAGUGGUACCUCAGGUUAAGAACAGUUUCAGGCUAAGAACGGACCUCCGGAACGAAUUAAGUUCUUAACCCAAGGUACCACUGUAUAGACUUACCUUCCCACUCCGAGGUGGCACUGUUUGGUUUGUGUGGCUACUGCCUGUUUUUAAAUGGGCACAAAACACUUGGAAACCCUUGGGUAACAAGUCGAGUCAUAAGUAAUAAAGCCAUGGUAAGGAACAUGGGGCUCUGGUGCAUUGCUGAAGGGGAGAGUUUGCUGGAACCAUCAAGGGCAAGCACACGCACACGCACACACACCUCUGCUCAGGCUCCCAUCUGACGGCGAUUAAAGAUAGACUUCGUACCGGGGCACCUUGUCAGAUUGUUCUAGCAGUUACGGAGGUAAUGAGUGCAAAUUGCUGCAAGCGAUCAGGAAGUCUUUAUUGCUAAAGCGUCUGAGAGACAGAUGGGCUCAGAUGUUGGAUUGUUUUUCAAUCGUGGGGGUAGAGAAGCGGUUCCUGGGGAGGAAAGUCCUGAAGCCACGAUUCCAGGGCAGUUGCCCUUCAGCAGAGACGUGCCAAUAUUGCACCUCUGAGUCAAACCGGGCCAAGGUGUCCUUGAACUUGCAAUUACUCUUUCUGAGACUAUUCCCUUUUGUGAGGGCUGGGGGACCUGUGGGCCUCCAAACGUUGGACUCCCCACUUCCACCAGCCCUGCCAACAGUCAGAGAUAAUUGCCAACUGCACCACAAUGUGAUCUUGGAUGGACUCCCCACCUUCUCCUUAGUCCUGUUUCUAUAAAAUAAGGGUUCCCCUGGGGCCUUUCCCUGCGCAAGACCUCAUCGUUUUGGGGAAAAUGUCCUCUUCUGGUGUGUAGCAUUCUGGCCAGCGAAAAGGUGGAUGAGGCUUAGGGCAGGAUCCAACCUCUGGCCUGCCUGUGGGGAAGGAUUUUAAGGCAGUGGCAGGGACAGUCCUGAUUCUUUCAGCCACUCGUACGUUGGAGGAAGCGUGAAGUGGUUUAAGUCCUGUGCUGCUCCUUAGAAGCAUUUUUCCUCUUGUGGAGGAACCUUGCUCUUCCCCGACGUCUGAAAGCCCUUCACCAGAUGUCCAACAACAUCUGGAGGGCACCAGGUUGGCGAAGGCAGCUUGCAAGGGUUCGCGCUGGUGAGGGAAAUAAAAGUAAACAUGCAGAUGUUAAGGCCAGCAGGUGGCAGAAGCACUUAAAAAAAAAAGUAUUAUUGAAACACGGCUGUUUUAGGCUAUGCAGUUCAGUUCUUAGGAAGCUCAUUUCUCUACGAAGGGCAGGGGUGGGCCAAUUAACAAUUCUGGAGCCAAAGGUUCCUUAGCAUCCACAGAUUCCUCCCCACUGACCUGCAGCCAUAUUCAUGCAAAAUUCUGUAAUGUCAACAUCCUGGUCAGCAACUCAUUUUGCAAGCAUCCAACUUGAAAGCGGGUUGGUGGUGGCUGAUGGAGCUCCCUCUUUCUCCCAAACUGCUGUAUACGAGGAAGAAAGAGAUGAUUUUGGAAUUGGGAGGGGGGGGGAAUCCACCCUUCUCUUCUUUGGAAGCCCUUUUUGAAAAUGGGUGGGGUGGGGGUUGUGGAGAGCCGUUCAACUUGCUUGCAUGCUCCCCUGUUCCUCUUCCGCUCCACCCGUCACAUCCAUCUACCCAUUUUAUGGAUGGAUUGGAGGAAGACUGAGAGUGAAUAACGAGGAGGACAGUGGUCAGAUCUAGCCCUGGAUUGCUGGUUGCUGAUUCCUGAUCACAGAUGAUGGUAUUUUAUGUGAGCAAAAGCAAAUAAAUAUUAUGAUAUUGCACAUUCUACCAUAUAAUUACAAGUACAGUGGUACCUUGGGUUACAUAUGCUUCAGGUUACGUACGCUUCAGGUUACAGACUCCGCUAACCCAGAAAUAUUACCUCGGGUUAAGAACUUUGUUUCAGGAUGAGAACAGAAAUUAUUCUCCGGCAGCGCAGCAGCAGCAGGAAGCCCCAUUAGCUAAAGUAGUUCUUCAGGUUAAGAACAGUUUCAGGUUAAGAACGGUUAAGAACUUAACCCGAGGUACCACCGUAAUCUUUUCCCCAGUUCAGUUUAAACAAAAAUCUAUAGGUCAUACGUCUCAGAUGCCAUUAACUUAAGUGGAGUCUCUGGCCGAGGUGGUUCCUCGUACUAAUCUGCUUCUGGCAUAAUCAGGGUGGUGAAUGUGGACAAAAACUGCAAUUAAGCAGACAAUGGAAGUCAUAGGGGCCAGGCAGAAACGGGUUAAGGAAGGAAGGGCUUCUCUGUGGCACAUUAAAUCGGUUGUCUUUGCUGGAUGCAUCUGCCAACUGGGUUUGUGGCUGCCACUGGUGUUCAGCCUAAUAGCAUUCCAGUCAACCCAGAGCCAUUAAUAAAAGCUUGAGGGAGGGAGAGAAAUAUUAGCUUCUGCCAGGUGUUCUGCGGAAAGGAGAAAUGGGGCUGUUUUCUGGCUGAUCACAGCAAUUCUUCUUGGGAUGCAGGCAUUUUGAAUUAGGGAACGAGUGCAGACUUUGGCCAAAUGCAGGAAAAUCUUUGUAUCCCCCCUCCCAUCCAAAAAUAAAAAUAAAAAUCCCUGUGGCAUAUAUAACAGCAUUUGCUUCAACACCUUUUCCUGACACUCCUGUCUCUCAUCAGCAGGGCGCUUAAUCGUCUUAUACAGCUCAAACCUAGCCCACUUUAAAAAUCUUGGAUUUUAAUUUUUGCAAAAUCUUGUGACAUCAAUAGGAUGCCCUUUCCUUACAUAGUUACAUAAAAAAAUAUAUCCAAAGGUCCAGAAAGUUCUGUUGGAAGUAGGUUAGGGAGGGAGUUGCUGUGAUUUGGGGGCCUGUUCUCCCCCGCCCCCAAGUUUCAUAAUUUAUAUCCUGCCUUGAGAACCAGGAAGUCGUCCCAGCUCUGCAGAUAAGUAAUCCUGAUCAGUAAACCUAUCCGGCUGCUUGCUGCUGUGUCAGAUAUUUGAGGGAUAUCUAGGAUUCAGUCUAGGAUUAUCGGCUGCAUCCCAGAUAUCAGUGUCCCAGGGCAGCUAGGCCACGGGGUCGUAAUUGGCAGAUUUCCACCUGUUUCCAAAGUGGCGCAGUUUAUCUGUUUGUUUCUUCCGGUGACAAAUGACAGCGCUGGCGUUUCUGACGGGGCCUAAAUGUGGUGCGGGAGAGAUUAACUCCGGGUGCCGCGGUGUUUUAUCAAAUCUGAAUAUACAGUGGCUCGGAGGGAAUUAAUGCAGUUUCGUUUGGAGAGCGGUGAGUGCUUUCAUUUUGCCUGCGCUGAGGUUGUCUGCCUGGUUCCAUGGCCCCUCCAGCCUGGCAGUGGUGGGGUGGAGAAACACAGAACCUUCUUCCCUGCAAACUUAAUCAGGUUUCAUUACCGUAUUUUUUGCUCCAUAAGACUCACUUUUUCCCUCCUAAAAAGUAAGGGGAAAUGUGUGUUCGUCUUAUGGAGCGAAUGCAGGCUGCGCAGCUAUUCCAGAAGCCAGAACAGCAAGAGGGAUUGCUGCUUUCACUGCGCAGCGAUCCCUCUUGCUGUUCUGGCUUCUGGGAUUCAGAAUAUUUUUUUUCUUGUUUUCCUCCUCCAAAAACUAGGUGCGUCUUGUGCGUCUUAUAGAGCGAAAAAUACGGUAAUUAAGAUUCCCGACUGGCUCUGUACCCUAACAUUUGAGAUGGAGGCUAAUUUCCUCAUCGCAUUGGCUUUGAGAAAUCCUGUGAGGCAGGAGGGGAGCCCUGGGAAGCAGGACUUGUGAGGAAGGCUGACUUGCCCCGAGCCAUCCUGCAGCGAAGAUGGAAGUUGAGUAAAGCACAGAGAUGUCUGAUGCUCAGUCCUUGGGGUUGCAGUAACUCUGUAGGGUAUCUCUGAGGUCUCCAGAGUCUUGCCAGAAACUGCUUGCCAGUUAAAAAGCUUAAGGGACCAUUAGGUCCAGUCGUGACCGACUUUGGGGUUGCGGCGCUCAUCUCGCUUUACUGGCUGAAGGAGCCGGCGUACAGCUUCCAGGUCAUGUGGCCAGCAUGACUAAGCCGCUUCUGGCGAACCACAGCAGUGCACGGAAAUGCCAUUUACCUCCCGGCUGGAGCGGUACCUAUUUAUCUACUUGCACUUUGAGGUGCUUUCGAACUGCUAGGUUGGCAGGAGCUGGGACCGAGCAAUGGGAGCUCACCCCGUCGCGGGGAUUCGAACCACCGACCUUCUGAUUGGCAAGCACCACCUGCGUCCCACCGCUUGCCAGUUAACCCUCUUGUAAAUGUCCUGCCGCUGUUACGGAGCUGUUUCACACCUGAGAGCUAAAUGAGACCGCUUGUUGGUCCAGCUUGGGAGGUGGAUCUCCUGGCACCCAGGAAAGCUGCAGCACAUGGCAGUGCCCUUCCAUAGCUAUUCGUAGAGCAUCCUUCCCCUGGAGCCCAAGCUUACCUCCUACCUGUUCUGUUUACCUACUGAGGAACAGGGAUUUUUCUAGCAGGCUUGCUGACCCUCUGCCUCUUCCCUAUUCGCUGCUGUUUUUCCUACGCCCCUCUGAAAGAACAGGAUGCUAGACUAGAUGAGCCUUUGGUAUGAUCCUGCAGGGGUGUUCUUGAUUUCCUAGGCCUUCUCUUGUGGUGCGUGACGGCUGCCAGUUUCAUGAGGCCCUUCUCCGUGUGCCUCCACACAAGGAUGGCAGCACAAGAACAGGGCCUUUUCUGCGGUGGCUCCCUGUUUGUCGGAUUCUCUCCCCAGGGAAGCUCGCCUGGUGCCUUCCUUACAUAUCUUUCGGUAUCAGCUUGGUCUCCGAUUUCCAUAUGUGCGUGUAUUAAAAGUCCUCCCUGCCCUGACGGCUAGUUCUUAGCCAUGGCAGCUAACUUAAUCCUCCGUGUUCAGAGAAAGUUUACCUCCAUGUACCAAAUGCUGAGGACAAACCGCAGGGAAAAGCCUGUGGUGCCCUGCUUGCGGGCUUUCCCAGCGGGGCAUUUGGUUGGGAGCACAGGUGGCUAAUCUGUGGCCCUCUGGAUGCCCUUGGACUCCAUCAUCCCUGGCAAAUCGUCAGGGAUAAUGGGAGACCAGCAACCUCAAGGGCCGCCUUUCCCCAUAUAAACUGUUCUGGACUCUGCAUUCAUCAUCUGAGGCCCUUCUCUGUGUGCCUCCUCCACACAAGGGUGGCAGCAUGAGAACGGGGCCUUUUCUGCGGUGGCUCCCUGUUUGUGGGAUUCUCUCCCCAAGGAGGCUCGCCUGGUGCCUUCCUUACAUAUCUUUCGGUACCAGGCAAAAACAUUCCUCUUCAACCAGCCUUUGGCUGAUUAAUAUUCUACAGCCUUUUAUAUGUGUUUUUUUUGGGGGGGGAGGGGGCAUUAUUGUUUCCUUGUUGUAACUGUUUCCUUGUGUUUUUACCUUGUAUUGUGAACCACCCUGAAAUCUUGCGAUGAAGGGAAGUACAGGCAUACAUCAUGUUACGUUUGCUUCAGGUUGCGUCCUGCAGCGACCCAGAAGUACCGGAAAGGGUUACUUCCGGGUUUUGCCGCUCGCGCAGACGCGCAAAAUGACGUCACGCGCAUGCGCAGAAGUGGCGAAUCGCGACCUGCGCAGAAGCGGGUUGCGUUCCUUUCAGGUUGCGAACGGGCCUCUGGAACGGAUCCCCUUCGCAACCAGAGGUACCACUGUAUAUAAAUCAAAUAAAUAGAUAAAUAAGUCUGGAGGGCUGCAGGUGAGCCAGCCUCGAGGUAGAUCUUUGGUGUGAUCCAGCAAGACACUUUUGACACAGGAUAGGCAAUAUCCCCCAGGGUGUAGGUUGGUUUGCCCCAUGGCUUAAUGGGACAAUUCUGUGUGGCCUGUGCUUGUGUCCUCCUUCCCCGCCCCCUCGUACUGCGGGUAGCUAUUUCGAGAGCCCGGCCUUGCAGCCCCCUCUUUCUCCUCCCCGAGCUCCCAGAUCCGGCCUCUGAUUAGUCUCUUUCCUCCCAAGGCUUUUGCCAUCUCAGUUAGUCAGCGCUGGAUAACAAGAGCUGCCAGCCCUCGUUUCCAUCUGCCACUGAGCAUCCCAUACGAUGCCGGCUGAUUAACCUGGAAAUGCAGGAUGCCAGGAGUGAGAGAUGCUUUGGACUUCCCCCAUGGCUCAGCCAUUAAAAAGAAAAAGAAAAAGCAAACACACACACAAAAAACCACCACUGUUCGUUGGGGCCAUACAGGGAGGAUAACCUUGAGACCUUGCAGGGAGGAUAAUAUUGCAGAAAGGCGCCUCCAUCCUUCUGCAGCCUGGAUUAAGCCAUCAUUUGGUUUCUAGGGGGAGGAGAAAACCAAAGGAGCUACCGAACCUGGGCCCGGCUGAAAAUGGGGUUGGGGAAAGGCAGAAGCAGGAAACGGAUGGAACCAGUUACUGAUUACUUGGGCGCCCUGGGCAGAAUCCACUCUGGCGCUAAGGAGAUCAUUAGGUCAGCAUGAGGAUUUCAGCCUGUGCAAUGGAAAAUUCUCCCCCUCUGAACCUGUCCUAGGGGUUCUCCUAACCCUUCGGAGCAGAUUUGGGGAGGGAAGAGGAAAGGCCUGUUGUGCAGGUGGAUAUCCUUGUGUUGAUGGGACACAGCAAGCAAAUUCCUCCUGGUCUCUCUACCCUUUUCCGCAGCCGAUAAGCCGCGUGUUGGAACCAGGUUGUGAUCACAGGAGGAGAAGCAGGCAUUUAUGAAACCAAACGGGCCGUAGAGGUCACGAAAUGUUUUCUACCACCCGCAAGCACACGUGUAAUGCUGAAAUGUGCAUCUGAGACCCUGCUUACCCUGAAACAAGGACAGAGGCAAUGGUAGGAUGUGUUUUCGUUGCUCCCCCCAUGCUUGACUGGGCUUGGAGAGUUGACAUUUUCUGCAUUCUUCCAAGCUGCUUCGCCUCCCUCCACCCCAACCUUGUUAGGUCCAGAAAGAAGAAACUUGAAUACAAUCAAUCAUUGUGUUUGACUGGUUUAUCUGCGCUUCUUCUCCAUGCUGGUGGAAUAUCCUGUCUCUGGUUUCAUAGAAUUGUAGAGUUGGAAGGGACCCCUGUGGUCAUCUAGUCCAACCCCCUGCAGUGCAGGAAUCUCAACUAAUGCAUCCAUAACAGAUGGCCAACCAACCUCUGCUUAAAGGCCUCCAAGGGAGUCCGUUCCACUGUUGAAGUGGAUCCACUCCUUGGUUCUUUGAUAAUUGGAGGUUGCCUGUGGCCUUCCUCAAUUUCUUAGCAGUGCCUUUCCCAACCUUUUGCCCUCCAGAUGUUUGCUGGCUGGGUUAGUGGAACUGAUAGUCCAGAACAUCUGGAAGGCACCAAGCUACAGAAGAAGGCUUGCCCUAGCAAUUUGUGAAAAAUAUUUACUGCUGAUACCGUAAUGCCAUUAUACAGAUCUAUGGUUUUAAAUGCAGUGUAAGGUAGUCUCUAUGGGAGUAUAUUGUAUUUAAUUAUGGGGUAUCAGAGUUUUUAGGGGCUAACCAGGCUGGGAUAGCUGGGAUAGCAGGCUCGUUGGUUUCUGAAUGUCUGAUGUAGAUUUUCAAUUUCGUUGUUCUGUAUGGGACAAUGACAGUAAAGAUUAUCGUAUCGUAUGGUGCAAGUGCAUUUGGAAUACUGUGUGCUGUUCUGGUUGCCUUGCCUCAAAAUGGACACGGCAGAGUUGGAAAAGGUUCAGGAAAAAAAUCGACCGAAAUGAUCAAGGGGAUGAAGCGACUCUCCUAUGUGGAAAGGUUGUAGCAUAUGGGUCUUUUCAGUUUAGAGAAAAGGCAAGUGAUAGCUGACAUGAUAGAAGCUUAUAAAAUUAUGCACAGGGUGGAGAAAUAGGAUACAGGAAAGCUGUUUUUUUUCUCUCUCUCUCCUAACACAAGGAUUCGGGGACAUAGAAUGAAAAUGAAUGUUGGAAGAUUCAAGGCAGACAAAAGGAUAUAUUCUUAACGCAGCGCAUCAUUAAACUGUUGAUCUCGCUUCCCCAGGAGGCAGUGAUGGCCACUGAUGUAUGUGGCUUUAAAAGAGGAUUGGACCGAUUCAGGGUGAAGGCUGUUGAUGGCUUCUAGCCAUGAUGGCUGUUCUCUGUUUCCGCAGCUGGAGACAGAAACACUUCUGAAUACCAGUUUCUGGAAAGCAAAGGAGAGGAGAGGAGGCUCUUGUUUAUAUAUAAAAUUUUUAUUAGUUUUUUAACAUAUCGUUUUCAGCAGUAAUUAAACAUACUUUUACAUCUUAUUCAAUUUUUUUGACUUCCGUCAAUCCUGUCUGAAAAUUUUCCAAUCUAAUCUCUUAGUAUGCAUUUCUUAUCUUCCCUAUUACAUUUCAAACUCAUAACCAAUAUCUCUUAUCUUUUUCUACUUUGUAACACUUUGUAUAUUUCUCCAUACAAAACUUCUUGUAGUCCUACUAGCGUAAUUUGUUGAUUACAGUUGCUCUUCAAAUAAUUCAUAUACUUCUUCCAAUCUUCUGUCUUCCUCUGGUCCCGCAGGUUUCGAAUCCUUCCUGUCAUUUUGUCCAAUUCUGCAUAGUCCAUUAUUUUCGUCUGCCAUUCUUCUUUUGUCGGAAUUUCUUCUUGUUUCCAUUUCUGGGCUAACAAUACUCUUGCCGCAGUUGUUGCAUAUAAAAACAAUUUAACAUCUUGCCUGUUAAUGUCCUGACCUAUAAUACCAAGUCAAAAUGCUUCUGUUUUUUAAAAAAAAUGUAUAUUUCAACAUCUUUUUCAUCUCAUUAUAUAUAAUUUCCCUGAAGUUCUUUACUUUUUUACAUUCCUGCCCUUCUUACGUUCUUCUGUGUUGUGCUGUGUGCCGUUGCUGAUGCAAGCUUGUUCCUGCCUCCUAAGGGUCAUGUUUUUUUCCUUAAUGAAACCUCUUCCGCUGUAGCUACUAGCAAGCUGCUUGAAUGCCACCUGUGUGGGUCUGAUGGACGCUGGGCUACCCAUGAAGUCCUUGUUCUGCGGAGUGACAUGUGCUUUGGACGCGGAUGGCAACAUCACCCUGGACCCCACAGCGAAGCAGGAAAAGGUGGGUAUCCUGAUGUCUCAGCAAGGGGGUGGAAUGCCUUUGUUCUUUCUGGUGGCAGGGAGUUCCAGAAAUCAACGGUGCACUGAUUUGAGGAGAGGUGGGAGGAGGAAACGUGCCUUCAGCUUGAAAUAAAGAAGGUGAAAUUUGCUGGGCUUAGUCACCUUAUCCUGGCAGGAUUCAGUACGGUCUAGUAAAAAAGAUGGGCCAAUGCUAUCUGCAUUUGGGCUCCUGCAUUAAUUGGGUAGAAGAGGAGGUUUUUGAUAGAUGCAUCUUUUCAAGCGCCUGUCAUAGCUGUCAACUUACAGAUUUGAAAAUAAGGGACCAGUAGCCUAGAAAAUAAGGGACCAGCAGCCAGAAUAAGGGAUUUUCAGAGCACAGAUAUGUUCAACUUCUGAGCCCCUCCGAGCCAAAGCAGAAAGCCCAGCCAGCAGCCAGCAGCCAAACGAAACCUCAAGCAGUGGUUCCCACAGCGCAAAGGGGAUGCAGCAAGGAAAACCACCGUCACCUCUCCGCUGGGAAGCGCUGAGCAAAGGCGAGUCCCCAGGCAACGCGGCUGAUUUGAUCGGCACAAGGCAUGCAAGCUCCACCCCCCAGUCGUUCUUAGACUCCUUAUUGGGUGAGCAAUGCAGCCUAGCAACGCAGCUGGAGCCUCCCUCCUCCCUGGCUGGCAGGGAGGGAGGGAGAGGAGCUGCUUCCUUUGAAACCCGGGAAAUUUAAGGGACAUCAUCAAUAAGGGACAGCAGCGGGACACGGCGCUGGGAUAAGGGACUUUCCUGCCAAAUAAGGUACGGUUGACAGCUAUGGCGCCUGUAUUGCUGCAGGGCAACAAGUCACCCCUCUGAAAGAUCAGGGGAAGGACGUAACUCAGUGGCAGAGCAGCUGCCUCGCAGGCAGGAGGUCCCAGGAUCAAUCCUACAUAGGGCUGGGAGAGAUUCCUGCCUGGAACUGGAGAACUGCUGCCAGCUGGUGUAGACAAUACUGAACUGGAUAGACCAAUGGUCUGGUUCAGUAUAAGGCAGUCUCCUCUGCUCCUGAAAUUGGGCUGGAUGGUAGGUGGGACUGGAUGCAUGCGACUGACCCCUGGGCCACAGCAUCCCUCCAGGUGAGUGCUGCCUACUAAGGGGAAGGAGGACUGUGGGCUCCUGAGGCGUUCACAAAGUAAAGGAAGGAUUGAACUCUGAUUAAUAAGAAUACACACAGAGGCUUGAACCAGCAAGACUCUGGGAAGGGUGCGUAUAAUAAUCUCUCUCUCCACCCCCUGGCCCAGGUCGUUUUAUUCACAAAAGAACUUUUUACAGAGUGUUCGAAAGAACCAAUCAGAUUUCUUCUGAGCAUUUCAACAAACCCCAAGUGGGGAAAAGUUAAACUACCAAAACUAAUUAAGCACACAUAUUUCUGGGGUAAGCAACCCCGAAGGUGAUAAACAAGCAAUAUACAUGAUAAGAAGGAUGGCCAGGAGGACCGCGAUCAUUAUCACCUUUAUGUGAGAUCUGUUUCCUGGCUCUAAGAUUAACAUCCUGGGAUUAACAUAUCAGAAAGGCUACUUCAAAGAAGCUGCCCACUGUCUUUGAUGACCCAGGAUGCCUGCCUGUCUAAGUGGGUAUGUGACUUGUGAAGAAAGAGAAAUGGGCAGUAGAGGAAAUGGCCAGAGAUGCAGAGGGUUGUGGGAUUUGAUCAGAAAUUAUUGUCAAUGUAUCAAUCCCAGUCAACACAAUGCAUUCAUCGUGGACACAAUGGCUUGAUGCAUAUUUUAUAAUUCCUCAUAGUAAUCCCACCUGACCCCACACUCUGGAUAUUUGCGCUCCUACAGGCUCCCACAGGUGGGUCCAGUACUUGCGGGCAGCUGGCUCCAAGCAUGUUCUGGAGAUCUAGCCAGGCAGCUGGCACCCUUGCACCUCCUCUUUGGGGAAGAGAGUUUUGAGACUUACCUGCACGUGUCAUGGUAUAAGAUAACCUACUGCUCUGGCUGGGGUUAAUGGGAGCUGUAGUCCAAAGCAUCAGGGGAGAGGGAACCCAGUUGAGGAGAGACAGAAAAACAGAGCACCUGUGUUUCUUUGUAAUAGUAAUAAUAAUAAUAAUAAUAAUAAUAAUAAUAAUUUUAUUUGCAUCCCGCCCUCCCUGGCCAAGGCCAAGCUCAGAGCGGCUAACAAAAAAACAACACAAUAUGCAUAAAAACAGACAUCAAUUAAUUAAAAUACAUCUUAAAAUUAAUUCAGACAAGUUAAAAUCUGGGCAGGUGGCAAUUAUCAGGUUGGAAUUGAGAGUGGUUGAAGAAAGGGGGAAUGCAAAAGCCGUGAGAGCCAGACGUUUUGGGUUCUGGUUUCUCCACCAUUGGCAGGGAGAUGAGGUUAGCCGUGAAGUCUCUAACCCUGGGGGCUUCUGGGAUCCCACCCGCAGCGGCGGCAGGGGAGAAGGUCGUAGGUCGUUGGGGAUCUCUGGCUUUUGGCUAGGCUCCCAUUCACCCAGGUUGCCUUCACUCCCCGCUUGCCCUCCAGCAGGCGCACAGUUGGCCCAGUGCCACGUGCCACAGAAGGGAUGCAGACCUAUCGUUCGCUCCUUUAUCUGCUCGGGUGGGUAAUUGCUUAUGGUGACCUGACAGGUCAAUAGCUCUCUCUUUCUCUCUCUCUGCCUCCCUGUCCCCUGCUGCCUGGCCCUCGCUGCCUUUCCUAAUGGCUUUGCUCCUUUUUAUCGGCCAGCGGAUUCCAUCCAUCGCCAGCUGCCUUCUCUACCCAGGGCUCCCCUUAAUCAACUGCAGUUUGGCUCUGUCUGCUGCCUGCUCUCUCUUGAAAGCUUUCCCCAGAAAGAUUGGGAUGGGCCCCCAAUUCUUAACAUAGCACGUAAUUUAGUUCUGUGCAUUGCCAGCCCAAAGAUGGCCUGUUUGGCUUGGAGACGGUUAAGAGCAGGGAGGAGGCUUGCAGAUCCAUGUACCAUAGCAUUCUCUGCCUGGAUGAAUCAUGCAAGCCAUUUUUUUAAAAAAAAAAUGCACCUUCCAGUUUUCUGCCGUAUAACCAAAGGACAUUUUCUCCAUUUCUCAUUCCAGUAAUGCCUUGGGGGAAAUUCAGAAGGUGAAGCCAAUUAGGUGCAAGAACAAUUUAAUGAAUAAUUCCCAGUGUGUUUCAAAUAUCUUUAUCAGGGGAAAUUUAUUCCACAUUUAAAUAGAUGCAAAGUUGCAUCUCCUUCUAGAAUUUCGUUUGCAGGGGGAAGAGUGUCUCCAGGCAUAACUGAUGACCAAUCCAGUCUUGAAACUGUUCUGUGUCUCACACAGUAUCUGCAGAAGAUUAUAUUUUUAUAUUCUGCAGUAAUCCAGAACAGCACCCUAACUUUAUCCUUAGGCAAGCACUGAAUGUUUGUUCCUUUUAAGGGGGGGGGGGGAAAUCCCAUCCUCUGUCACCCUAAUUCUGAGGACAACCAGAUGGUUAACUGACCCAGAUUAUGCUUUGUUAUUUUCUUCACUUCUCCACCAUUAUAUAUCUGUAAACUGACUAGCGCUAAAAGUUGGUUACAAAUUAUAAGCAGUCACAAGAACAAUUCACAUAAGUAAAUCAAUUCAGCAGUAGAAACUAAACUGAAUUAAAUUGCUGAACAUUUAAACAGCAGCAGGAAAACAGCAAAACUUAAAUAGGCCAGGUCUGAUUUAAUCAGCCAGAUUCAGACAGCAGAACGUUGAGCAGAAAGCCUUAACAGUAACAACUAAGUCACCAAGUGGACAUUUUUGGGACAUUUUUGUACAGUCACAGUUGCUACCACAGAAAUGUCAUAUCUCAAAAAUGGCUUGAGAAUGAGAGGUAGAAAAUUAAAAAUUUUAAAGUCAUAUAUUCAGUUGCCCACCACACUUCUCAAAUCUAGAGAAGCACAUUUGACGCUGAUCCUGUCAGGUGGGGAAUUUUCAUACGCUUGAAGGUCCAAGGGAGAGGGGGAAGCAAAGACCAGUUAAUACACCUUUUUUGAAAGCCUUGUACAGCUUUCUACAACUUUUAUCACACGUCUGUGCUUGUCCCAGGAGCCUAUGCUGGUCUGUCCCCACCCCCAGGAAUACUCAUAAGUAAUGGGCCAGUUGCAAUUGCAGACUGAGCUGUAUUUCAGCCAGCAAAUCUUGGAGACUAGACUUUUGCAAUCACACACAGAGGUGGUUGUUGUAGGUAAGAAAAUAAUUAAGUUGUUUAUGGUACAAAUACAUAACUUGGAUAGAAAAGUUCCUAGUUCUAGUCUAACUAGUCUAGAGAAGAGCAAGGUUUGCUCCUUUGUCCUCUAGGAUAGUUAAAGAUGAUCACUCAUCUUGCGGUCUGAAAGAGGAGGAGGAAGUUGUGAAACAGGAUGCAACCUAAGACAUAAUCAGUCUGGUUAGAGUGUGGUGCUGACAACGCCAAGGUUGCAGGUUCAAACCCCAUAAGGGACAAUUGCAGGGGGCUGGACCUUCCAACCAGUGAUUCUAUGAAAUGAACAACAAAGAGAGAGAGAGAGAGAGGUCAGCUCAAGAGGUUAAAGAUACAGGGAUGGUCUAGCAAUCUGGAGGUCCUUAAUGCUAUCAGCUUUAAUGCAUUCAAAACCUCUCUUCCAACCCCCAAGCUUCCAACACAAAGUCCCUCCUGAGUUACAAUACUGUAUUUCGCUGUUAUUAUUUUUAACAAGGCUCUUUCAAAAAAGAAAAGAAAGGAAAUAUCUAGGGAAAUGUGGAGGUAGGAUUCAGUGCAACUACUUCCAAAGACAUAGUAAUUAUGCCAGUUUAAAGUUCCUGUAUUUAGGUUCCGGAUGUUGUACAGCUAUUCCUUACCCUCUCAGAUCCCUUAACCACAAAAUUUCUGACUGGGGCCCUGACCCCAAUUUACCACCUUCUAGAGCUGGUUAUGGGUCACGGUAAAGGUAAAGGGACCCAUGACCAUUUAGGUCCAGUCAUGGCCGACUCUGGGGGUUGCGGCGCUCAUCUCGCUUUAUUGGCCAAGGGAGCCGGUGUACAGCUUCUGGGUCAUGUGGCCAGCAUGACUAAGCCGCUUCUGGUGAACCAGAGCAGCACACAGAAAUGCUGUUUACCUUCCCACCGUUUACCUUCUACUUGCACUUUGACGUGCUUUCAAACGGCUAGGUUGGCAGGAGCAGGGACCGAGCAACAGGAGCUCACCCCGUCGUGGGGAUUCAAACCGCCGACCUUCUGAUCGGCAAGUCCCAGGCUCUGUGGUUUAACCCACAGCACCACCCGGGUAUAUUGUGGCUCUUAUCACAUCUAACCGCUGGCCAUGUAGGCAAAGACCGCUGGUCCCGCAAUACUUGGAGUGUCAGUUAGGUUUACCCAUCCUGGCUUUCCGCCUCUGGAUCUUGAUUGUAGAUCUGCAAACCUCAGGGCCUUUUUUUUCUUCUUGCAGGAAGCCCAGUCGGUCCUGACGUUUGCCAUUGACAGCAUUGAGAAGAAGGUGUUGAUGUCAAGCACAAAGGGGACGUGUUCAGUGGAGCAGGUGAGUCUAGAAUGGCCUGGCCCGGGCCAGUUGCAUUGAACCUCAACGAGUUCAGAUUCCACGCCAAAGGUCUCUGUGUAUUUACUUGUGGCAUCUGUUUGUCAGAGUCCACUUUGAAUAAUCUUUGAGGAGCAUUCACUGCAGUUGCAAACUCACAAGGAACAAUUUAAGCAGGAUACACGUGCAUUUGCUGCCCGCCUCUGAAUGUCAGUUGCUGGGAAUCGCAGGUGGGCAGAACACAAUUGAAGAAGGGUGUUGAUAAGCUGGAACAUGGGUAGGCAAACUAAGGCUCGGGGGCCGGAUCCAGCCCAAUUGCAUUCUAAAUCCGGCGCGCGGACAGUCCAGGAAUCAGAGUGUUUUUACUUGAGUAAAAUGUGUGCUUUUAUUUAAAAGGCAUCUCUGGGUUAUUUGUGGGGCAUAGGAAUUCGUCCCCCCCAAAAAAAAAUAUAGUCCGGCCCCGCACAAGGUCUGAGGGACAGUGGACUGGCCCCCUGUUGAAAACGUUUGCUGACCCCUGAGCUGGAAGGUGUGCAGAGGAGGGCAACCAAGAUGAUUGUUGUUGUUUAGUUGUUUAGUCGUGUCUGACUCUUCGUGACCCCCUGGACCAGAGCACGCCAGGCACUCCUGUCUUCCACUGCCUCCCGCAGUUUGGUCAAACUCAUGCUGGUAGCUUCGAGAACACUGUCCAAACAUCUCGUCCUCUGUCGUCCCCUUCUCCUUGGGCCCUCCAUCUUUCCCAACAUCAGGGUCUUUUCCAGGGAGUCUUCUCAUCACAUGAGGUGGCCAAAGUAGGGGUUUGGAAACUAACCCUUACAAGGAGCACUUGAAGGAGCUGGGUAUGUUUAGCCUGGAAGAGAGGAGACUGAGAGGAGAUAUGACAGCCAUCUUCAAAUAUCUUAUGGGCUGUCAGAUGGAAGAAGGAGCAUGCUUGCUUUCUCCUGCUCUGGAGGGUAGGACUCAAGUAGGCUUUAUGUUGCAAGAAGGGAGAUUCCGGCUAAACAUCAGGACACUAAGAGCUGUCCAACAAUGGAACAGUCUCCCUCGGGAAGUGGUGGACUCUCCUUCAUUGGAUGUUUUUAAGCAGAGGUUGGAUGGCCAUCUGUCAUGGAUUAUUCAGUUGAGAUUCCUGCAUUGGGAAUUCCCUUGGGGGUCCCUCUAUGAUUCUAUGACCUGAUUUUGGGCAUCUGAUUGGCUCCUGUGAGACCAGGAUGCUAGCCUAGGUAGGCAUCCUUUAAGGGCCUCGCCUGGGCUCUUCUUUUUUUUUUUUUUUUUUUAAUAUAAAUUUUAUUUUAUAACACCAUACAAACAAAAAAGACAAACACAACACAUUCACACCAAAAAAACAUAUGCAUACAUAUACAUACUCCUGACAUAAGACAACAACAAAUUAACUACAUUAACUACUUAACACACAACACUGACUGACUUCCCUUCAUCUCGGUUUCGGAAUGUGUUAUAAAAUUUUCUAUCUGCAGUUUCUUUUCCUCAAAAAAAUUCUUUACAUCACAAGUGUUAUAUCGCACCUACUGUGUUUUUUAGUUUUUUUUACCUCUGUUUCCAUGUAUGCCAUGAAUUUAUUCCAAUCUUUAUUAAACUUUGUGUCUUUUUGAUUUCUUAUUUUCUGUGUCAUUUUUGCCAAUUCUAGAUAGUCGAGUAGUUUCGAUUGCCAUUCAUUUAUGGUUGGGAUUCUUGGUGUCUUCCAAUUCUGCGCUAUUAGAGUUCUGGCGGCCACUGUCGCGUACUGAAAGAGUGUUUGAUCUUCCUUUUGGAUUUCCUCUCCAAUUAUCCCCAGCAAAAAGGCUUCAGGUCUCUUUAUAAAGGUAUAUUUAAAGAUUUUUUUUAGUUCAUUGUAGAUAGAUUCCCAAAAUUUUCUAAUAGGCUCGCACAACCACCACAUAUGAUAAAAAUCGCCCUCCUUAAUCUUGCACUUCCAGCAUAAUUUAUGACCAGUUUUAUAUAUUUUUCCCAGUUUUACGGGCGUUACGUACCACCUGUACAUCAUUUUGUACAUAUUUUCCCUGAGUGUUGUGCAUGCCGAGAAUCUCAUACCUUUAUUCCAUAGUGCCUGCCAUUUAUCAAACUCUAUGUUAUACCCAAAGUCCAUUGCCCAUCUCACCAUUACCUCCUUUACUUCUUCAUCUUUGGUGUCCCAUUCGAGCAACAGGCUAUACAUUUUCGAUAGGAGUUUUGUUUUACUUUCUAAUAUUUCAAUCUGGACUCUCGAUUUUUCUCACUUAUCCCAUUUUUUUAUCCUCGGUCCAGAUAGAGUUGAUUUGAUGAAAUUGGAUCCAACCUGUCAAUUUGUUCUUUAUUUCUUCAUAUGGCCUAAUCCUCCAACCGGUCUCUGUUUUUACUAAUAAAUCUUCGUAGGUCCAUCUUUCUCCUUCGAUAUUUUUUUUUUUAUUGUCAGGAUAUCGAUUGGCGAAAGCCACCAAGGGGUAUUCUGUUCCAAUAAUUUUUAUUUCUUUCCCACACCUCCAGUAAUGGCCCUCUGAAGAUAUGGUUAGAAAAUCCUUUAUGGAUCUUUCCCUUAUUACGCCAUAGGUAAGCGUGCCAACCGAAUCUUAAAUCAAAUCCUUCUAAAUCUAGCAGAUCUUUAUUUUUAUAAUAAUCCAAUCCUUGACCCAACAGAGGCAUGAGGCUUCAUAAUAUAACUUUAAAUUUGGGACUGCGAAUCCUCCUCUAUCUCUUUGGUCUGUGAGUAAUUUGAAUCUGAUUCUCGGCCUUUUUCCUUGCCAGAUGAAUUUAGAAAGUAUUUUCUGCCAGCCCUUGAAUAUUGAUGUUCCCCUGAUUAUUGGUAUAUUCUGAAAUAAGAAUAGCAGUUUCGGUAAUAGACUCAUUUUUAUUGCCGCCAUUCUCCCCGACCAGGAUAGCUUUAUUCUAUUCCAGGUAUCUAAGUCCUUCCUUAUUUCUUUCCAUGCGGUUGUAUAAUUGUCUUCCAUCAAAUUAAUGUUCUUUGUCGUUAACCAGAUUCCAAGGUAUUUUACUUUUUUGGUUACUUUAAUUCCUGGGCUCUUCUUAACAUCCUUCUGAAAGCAACAGCUUGGCUGAUUUGCCCUCAGAUAAUAUGAGCAAAAGGGAUGUGGGUGGCACUGUGGGUUAAACCACAGAGCCUGGGACUUGCUGAUCAGAAGGUCGGCGGUUCGAAUCCCCGCAACAGGGUGAGCUCCCGUUGCUCAGUCCCUGCUCCUGCCAACCUAGCAGUUCGAAAGCACAUCAGAGUGCAAGUAGAUAAAUAGGUACCGCUCUGGCGGGAAGGUAAACGGCGUUUCCGUGUGCUGCUCUGGUUCUCCAGAAGCAGCUUGGUCAUGCUGGCCACAUGACCCAGAAGCUGUCUGCGGACAAACGCCGGCUCCCUCGGCCAAUAAAGCGAGAUGAACGCCGCAACCCCAGAGUCGGUCACGACUCUAAUGGUCAGGGGUCCCUUUACCUUUACCUUUAAUAUGAGCAAAGCAAAACCCCGAAGUAAAUAAUAGGAACUGUAGUUCAAACAGGGGGUUCAGGAUGAGGGAGGAGGCUGCCUUUAAACUUUUAAGACUGGUUCCUCCAGGACAACAAGUUGCUUCUCUGGGCUGCAGACAAGCAGGCUUUCUGUGCGGAAUUGCUUUGCUGAGGCUUUCAGGUGACCUCUCUGCUGUAAACGGCUUCUCGGUUCCAUUCCCAUUCGUUCUUGGUUCAGAGUUAAUUUCUCAUUCUUCUGCCUUCUUUGAUCCAACCCUGAUUACGCUGCUUUAUUUAUCCUGCGCUCUUAGGCACUUGCAGAAAUAUUUUUAGCAGCUGCUUGCUUGGGGGGUGAUAUUGAUGGAUUGCAUUUAUAUACUGCUUUUCAGAUAAGGCGCCCAAGGCAACUUAAAGAAUAAAAUGGUGUGUGUGUGUGUGUGUGUGUGUGUGUGUGUGUGUGCAUUUCAAGAGCUGAUGGCAUGGGAACCCAGACUUGGGCUGUCCUCUUCUGCCUCCUCUCAGGGCAUAUUGAGCAGACCUGAGUUUAUGGGAUUCUGCUGCUAUCCUGCACUGGGAGCACUUAGCAGCCUGGGAUUUCUACACCUUUUCAGUGUCAGGUAAAGACUUAAAAGGGAAAAAAAAGAGAUCACCCUGGCCUGUUUAAUUGUGGCUGUAGUUAAACCUUGGUGCCCUUUCUCUCUUUGUUAAGCUGUCUUCUCUAUACAGUUCCUCUGGCUCAAAAUAACAAGUGGGGAGAGAGAUAGAGAGAGAGAGACUAUGCUGCAUAAUGGUUAGAGCAUGGGUAGGCAAACUAAGACCUGGGGGCCGGAUCCAGCCCAAUCGCCUUCUAAAUCCAGCCCGCCGAUGGUCCGGGAAUCAGUGUGUUUUUACAUGAGUAGAAUGUGUCCUUUUAUUUAAAAUGCAUCUCUGGGUUAUUUGUGGGGCAUAGGAAUUCGUUUAUUUUCCCCCCCCCCCAAUUAUAGUCUGGCCCCCCACAAGGUCUGAGGGACAAUGGACCGGCCCCCUGCUGAAAAAGUUUGCUGACCCCUGGGUUAGAGUGUUGGACUAGCACCUGGAAGACCAGGGUUCGAGUCCCCACUCCACCAUGAAACUCACUGGGUGACUUUGGGCUAGUCACCAUCUCUUAGCCUAACCUAUUUCACAGUGUUGUUGUGAGGUUGAAAUGGGGAGGAAGAGGAGAAGCAUGUACAGUACCGCCUCGAGAUCCUUGGAAUAUAAAGGCGGUAUUUAAAUGUAAUAAAUAAAACAAGGAAAAAAUUGUGGCAUUAAGUUAAAACCACCAGACCACAAAGAGCCCCAUUCUGAUUGUUCGUGGGACUCUGGUCAUCGCUUGGCCUGGAUUCUGUACACUGGGUUGAUAAUAAUAAUAAUUUAUUAUUAUCACGGUCGGAGACCAGCUUACACUGGGUUGACGUUUGAGUGCUUUCUCCUCACAGCCCUUGGGUGCCAUUCUGUUCUUUCCUCAUUAACAUUCGGGCGAUGGCUUUGCCGUGCCUCACCUUGUGGCGGUGUGUGUGUGUCCAUGGCGCACUCAGGAUGGAGGUGGUCUGUUACCAUGGAAACUGUGGCUCAGGUGAUAUAUUGCCUGGAGUCCCAGGCCCUGCUUCCCUCUCGCCCCUUUGCCGUGCCGUUUUUGCCAGUUGCUCUCUGUGGGGUUUUAUGGUGCUUCGAAAGGGGAAAAUGCAGCCUGCAGGACCUGCGGCGGCAAAUGGCUGCUUCCCUAGGAAACUACCAUAUUUUUCACUCCAUAAGAUGCACCUAGUUUUUAGCGGAGGAAAACAAGAAAAAAAUAUAUUCUGAACGAAACAGUGGAUGUAUGAUUUUUGUGGUUCAUGCUGUGGCCACAGACAUGAUAUGUGAUUUGACUGUGAGUUUGGGGUAGCCCUAUGCAAAAAAUCCUGAGAAUCCAUGUGGAUCCGUGCUUUGUAACCACGUUUUUGCACCAUUGCAGCCCCACGAAACAGUCGAUGCAUGAUUUUUUGGUGCAGGCUAUAGCCAUGGACAUGCUAUGUGAUCUGAUGGUGAAUUUGGGGUGACCCAAUGCAAAAAUCCUGAGGAUCCAUGUGCUUUUACCUCCUCCCUCCCAGGCAGCCUCCUUUAUCUCUAGAGCCCCUUAUCUCCCUCCCUAUCGCUUGCUGAUCAGCUGCUCAGCAGCUUUGUUUCAACACCCCCUUCCCUCUUUCUAAGAAAAAAAAAAAGCACGAUUUGUUUUUUGCCCCUGGGCAGUUCGGCUCCAGGGACCACGCAUUUGCUCCCUAAGACGCACAGGCAUUUCCCCUUACUUUUUAGGAGGAAAAAAGUGCGUCUUAUGGAGCGAAAAAUACGGUAAUGGCUGCCGUGGUAGUAAGAAAGAAUAUCAGUGCCACUGCCGAGGCUAGAACUGGUUCUCUCGUUGCUCUUUAUUGUGUCUGAAUUCAUUUCAGGAUCGUGCUCCGCAUCUGCUCUCUCAUUUUGGGAUGUAUGGGGUUGUAGGUGCCCUCAGGUCUUGACCGCUGAAGACCAGUGGACCACAGGCAUGGAGCCUGUUUGAGCAGGCCGGCGGCCGGCCGCUGUCUCGGUCGCCAAACAUCUGGAGCUCCUGCUCCAGUCUCCUUAAAUUGCUCUUGACAGCCUGUUUUGGCGGGAGCCUUGGAAAGCCGUCCGCCAGUCACGUUUAUUGGAUGUAUCCGUCUGAAUUGGCCGGGCCAUCUGUCCCUCCUCAUCCAUCACCUCUUGUUUGCUCUCCCAAGGCAGAAAAGUGAGGGGAGGGGGGAUUUAUUCAUGAAGGGGGGACGGACGAUACAGGUAUCUGCGUCAGGUAGGCAGGGCCUGCGAAGCGGGGCCUGUGUGAAUAGCUUCCUCUCUUCCUCCCCUCAGAAGACAUUUAGGAAGCCGCUUAGUAUUCCGGUCGUGGGCCGCAGAGUCGUUUCUCAUUACUGUUGCCUCGGCCCUGCCAAACGGCUUGGAACGCCAGCCCGUCCUGCUCUAAAGGAACAAUUAUGAACGCUAAUGUGCUAUUGAACGGAGGUGGCAGCCAGGCGCCAUUAAUUAGACAAGUGUUUCUGUCGAGAGAAAGGGGGGGAGCAGAAAUUGCUUUUGUUUUGGGGUGAAUUCUAAUCAGUUUAGUGCUUUUUAAAAAAGAGAGAGAGAGAGAGAGAGAGAGAGAGAGAGAGGAAGAUGCCGAAACAGAAAAAUGCAAACUGUUAUUUCCUUCUCUCCGAGGUUCAUCUAACAUAUUGUGAGGCAUCUUUUAUGGCGAGAGUCGAGGAAGCGGAAAGUGGUUGCAAUGGAGUUCCUUAUACAUGCCCCCCCUACAAAUUAUAUCCAUAUAAGCCACCAGAAUAAUAUUUAUUAUUCACAAGGAACCUUCACCAGGAGGUUCCAAGGCAGGUCAGACCGAAAAACAACACUAAAAACAAAUGAUGAUUGCAACUUGGGAUAUAUAUACAGUAUAUAUUAUCAAAAACUAGGGUAAAGAAAUAUGUGUUUGGCAUUCUCCAAAGGGUUCAUAGCAAAGCUGUCAGGUGCACUUCUGGGGCGAAGGAAUUCCAUAACUUAGGGAAGUGAUUCUCGGAGUUGUGGCCCAUCACACUGGAGAGGACAGCAAGAGUGGCAGGAAGAUUCAAGGAUGAUCAAAGAAACAUUUAAAUAUUUCAGAGUGGUAUGGUAUUACUAUAAAAGUAUUUUUUUUAAAAAAUUGCAUAAUAUGGAUAGGUACCUUUUCAAAACGAGAACAAGAGCAUCAGGUGAUACUGAGGACAAUCCCAGUUGUGUUUUCCAGUAUAUUUGCUAUCAAUAAAAAAAACUGUUGUGACGCAAGCAAAUAUUUAUUCUGAAAGUGUGGCCCAGAGCAAAAAGUUUGAGAACCACUGAUUUAGGGGCUGCCACAAAUAAUGGACUUUCCUGGGCUGCCACUCUCUGCCCGCCCCUGCCCCCCCCCCAGCUUCUGAGGGUGGCAGAACUACCAAGAGGGUCACCUCUGCUUAUUUUAACACCUGAGAAGAAGGUCUCAUAGAGUUGGAAGGGACCUCAAGGGUCAUCUAGUCCAACCCCCUGCAAUGCAGGAAUUACAGCUAAAGCAUCCCUGACAGCCUCCAAUGAACCUUCUGAGGUGGUCCGUUCCACUGUCAAGCAACUCUUACUGCCAGGAAGUUCUUCCUGUAAAUGAAGAAGUAAAAUUGGUUAUGGUGCAGUGGAUGAAGGACUUUGGAUAUAACAUACAGAUGGCAGAAUGGGAAAAUUUAUGGAGAAGGGAACUGAAAUUUACGACAAAAGAAAACUUUAUGAAGAUGGUACAUCACCCCCAGCAAAUUGGCCAAAAUGUACAAAACCAACUCAAAUUUAUGCUGGAGGUGUAGAGAGCUAGAGGGAACAAUGUACCACAUGUGGUGGGGUUGCAAAAAAAAUCUAAAUAGCUUUUGGGAACUUAGAUAUAAUGAAUUUUUAAAAAUGUUUAAAACAACGUUUAUCAAAAAACCGGAAGCCUUCCUCUUAGGUCAGGGGUCGGCAAGGUUUACCUCACACUGGGCUGGUUCACUCCAGUGGAGAUGCAUCUGUGGGCCAGAUGCGAUUUCCAGCGCCACAGAAGCGAGUCUCCGCGCCGUGCUGCGCCGGUUUAGCUCAGGGUGCGGGGACUCGCCGAGCGGGUGGCUUGGUUCAGGGGCGGCUCGUGGGCCAGUUAAACGGCCCUCGUGGGCCGCUUGUGGCCUAUGGGCCUUAGGUUGCCUACCCCUGUCUUAGGUAUUAUGGCAUCAGACAUUCCAAGAGAGAUUUUUUUGUAGCAACAACAGCAGCGAGGAUGCUGGUUGCCAACGGGUGGAAAGGAGAUAAAAUCCCAUCACUGGAGAGCCAGUGUAGUGUAGUGGUUAAGAGCAGUAGACUCAUAAUCUGGUGAACCAGGUUCGAUUCCCUGCUCCUCCACAUGAACUGGCAGGUGACCUUGGGCUAGUCACACUUCUCUGAAGUCUCUCAGCCUCAUUCACCUCACAGAGUGUUUGUUGUGGGGGAGGAAGAGAAAGGAGAAUGUUAGCCGCUUUGAGACUCCUUAGGGUAGUGAUAUAUGGGACGCGGGUGGCGCUGUGGGUUAAACCACAGAGCCUAGGACUUGUAGAUCAGAAGGUUGGCGGUUCGAAUCCCCGCGACGGGGUGAGCUCCCGUUGCUCAGUCCCUGCUCCUGCCAACCUAGCAGUUCGAGAGCACGUCAAAGUGCAAGUAGAUAAAUAGCUACCGCUCCGGCGGGAAGGUAAACGGCGUUUCCGGGCGCUGCACUGGUUCGCCAGAAGAAGCUUAGUCAUGCUGGCCACAUGACCCUGAAGCUGUACGCCGGCUCCCUCGGCCAAUAAAGCGAGAUGAGCGCCGCAACCCCAGAGUUGGCUACGACUGGACCUAAUGGUCAGGGGUCCCUUUACCUUUACUUUUACCUUAGGGUAGUGAUAAAGCAGGAUAUCAAAUCCAAACUCUUCUUCUUCUUCUUCUUCUUCUUCUUCUUCUUCUUCAAAAGAGGAGUGACAAGUUAAACUGCUUGAAUAUAUGGAACUAGCGAAUAUGAUGGAAAAGAUCAGGGAUAGAUUGACCGAAAAGUUUAAAAAGGAAUGGGAGAUUUAUGGGCAAUAUUUAAAAGAACAUUGACCCCCAAUUAAAACUUUAGAAUACAGCCAAUCAGAAGCCACGGAAGUCGUGUCGGAUGUUCGGGUUCCAAAGAACGUACGCAAACUGGGACACUCCCUUCUGGGUUUGCGGCAUUCGGGAGCCGAAACGUUCGACUCGCAAGGCGUUCAGGAUCCAAGGUACAACUGUGUAGUGACUUGAGGGACAGGGAGGGCCCUCUGGCCCAUGGCUUGAAUGUGGCCCUCCAAGCCUCACCAGCUGACCGAUGGGACUGUGCCCAAGCCGUACCCCAUCUCCCUGAGCACCCCUCCUGCGAGCCCUUCUGCAACCCUUUACAAGCCUGGCAGGAAGGUGGAAUUGAACUGUGCUCGUUCAUGCCCUUUGCUUCCCCAAAAGGGAGAGAAGAGGGGUUUGUAGGAAUCUCUUGCCUUCUGCCACAAAGAGCCCUGUGGUACGAAGAGAGCCGUGGUCUCUACGUUACUCCUCCUCCUUCCUGGGAGCCACUCCAGCGCCCCAGGAGCUGGGGUGUCGGCGGCGAACAGCACACAGAGCCAGCAUCCAUCAGCAGCUGCCGAAUCCUCUGCUGGGGGAAAGUUUUGCCUCUCGCAAGAGCAACAGGCGGCAAGAGCACAGGCAAUAAAUAAUUAUGAUUUACCUUCCAUCGCCGGCAUGAGCUCGGAGACACCAGCCGCAUGCUAACGCUGCUGGCUUGGAAACCGUGCUGUGUAGAGGAUGGGAAGGAAGGGAGGACAACGUUUCCCAUCAUUUUCAGCCGCAGCCGAGAGCUGCCUGGUCCCCGCAGUGUUCUUGUUUGCCUCCUCCUUCCCUGCGGCUCCUGAGCCGGGCAGGUUUUGCUUGGCUGGCUUCUGCAGCAGCGCUUUAAAUCUACUUCAUAGGUGGCUGUCUGGAAAAAAACUGGUCCUCUGCCCACAAAAGGACAAGGAGGUGAUAAGCCCUUAAGCUGUGGCAAGGUUUGGGCGCAGGGGGUGAGAGACAGAGAAAGCAGAACAGUCCACCAUCUAGCUUCAAAAAGUCACACACACCCCCAAUUAUACUUCAUCUUAGUUGUUGUGUUGUAUAGCUUUAAUUGAUGGCUGUUGUCUUCAUAUUUCUAUGUAAAUAGCUUUAUGAGGUUGCAUUUAAUGUGGGGUGUGUGCUUAUCUUUUUCUUUUGCAGCCUCUCACAUCCGUCUUUGGCUAUACGCCCCUUCAAGUUCUCUCCAUUGUUCUUUGCCAUUUGUGGAAAAUAAUAAUAAUAAUAAUAAUAAUAAUAAUAAUAAUAAUAAUUUAUUUCUUUAUUUAUUAUUUAUACCCCGCCCAUCUGGCUGGGCUUCCCCAGCCACUCUGGGCGGCUUCCAACAAAAUAUCAAAAUACCAUAAUACAUCAAACAUAAAAAGCUUCCUUAAACAGGGCUGCCUUCAGAUGUCUUCCAAAAGUCUGGUAGUUGUCCUCUUUGACAUCUGGUAGGAGGGCGUUCUGCCUGGUUCCCUGUAACUUUGCUUCUCGCCGUGAGGGAACCACCAGAAGGCCCUCGGCGCCAGACCUCAGUGUCCAGGUAGAACGCUGGGGGUGGAGACGCUCCUUCAGGUAUACAGGACCGAGGCUGUUUAGGGCUUUAAAGGUCAGCACCAACCCUUUGAAUUGUGCUCAGAAAUGUACUUGGAGCCAAUGUAGGUCUUUCAAGACCGGUGUUAUGUGGUCUCGGCGGCCGCUCCCGCUCACCAGUCUAGCUGCUGCCUGUCUUGGUAGAGUUGGAAGGGACCCUGAGGGUCAUCCAGUCCAACCCCCUGCAACGCAGGAAUCAUACCUAGAUCAUUCAUGACAGAUGGCCACACAACAUCUGCUUAAAAACCUCCAGAGAAGGAGAGCCCACCAGUGGGAGCCCGUUCCACUGUCAAACAGCUGUUGCCUCCACACAAGCCUUGCUGUUAGUUUUAGAUCGCCCACCCAGCAUAUAGGGUGGUCACCCCCUUGGUCUUUUGAACUUGUAGGGUCUCCAUGCGAACCCAGCCUUAUUCCAUCGGCCCAGAUCACCUCUUGUCACGUGUCCUGCAUGUGUCCAUUUUAACUUUGUGGCCUUUCCCACUACAUCUGUAGCUUUCCAUCUUGGUCCUAUCCAAUUAUUAGUUUUUCUGUCUUCUAAUGAUAUUCCUAGAAUUGCAUGCUUCGUGGCAUGCUGUGAUAUCCGUAAGCUGUCCUUAUUUCUAUUUCUCAUGGUCUAGUUCCACUACAUAUCACAGUGACACACCCCUUAGUUACAUUCUGUUUGGAUUGCUGUAAUGUGCUCUACAUGCGACUGCUCAGAAACUUCAGCUGGCUCAGAGAGCUGCAGCCAGAAUGUUGACCAGGGCUGGUUAUAGGGAGCUGUUACAACCACUCACCUAGACAGCAUCUUAAAAAGCAGAGACAUCACCUUGCCAACAAAGGUCCGUAUAGUUCAAGCUAUGGUUUUCCCAGUACAGUGGUGCCUCGCAAGACGAAAAGAAUCCGUUCUGGGAGUCUCUUCGUCUAGCGGUUUUUUCGUCUUGCGAAGCAAGCCCAUUGAUGGAUUAGCGGAUUAGCGCUAUUAGCGGCUUUUAGCGGCUUUUAGCAGCUUUUAGCAGCUUAUCAGCUUAUCGGAUAAGCAGAUAAGCGGCUUAGCGACUUAGAAAAAGAGGGGGAAAAGGGGGAAAAAAACCCAGGAACUCGCAAGACAUUUUCGUCUUGCGAAGCAAGCCCAUAGCAGAUUCGUUUUGCGAGGCACCUCCAAAACGGAAAACUCUUUCGUCUAGCGAGUUUUCCGUCUUGCGAGGCAUUCGUCUUGCGGGGCACCACUGUAGUGAUGUAUGGAAGUGAGAGCUGGACCAUCAAGAAGGCUGAUCGCCAAAGAAUUGAUGCUUUUGAAUUCUGGUGCUGGAGGAGACUCUUGAGAGUCCCAUGGACUGCAAGAAGAUCAAACCUCUCCAUUCUGAAGGAAAUCAGCCCUGGGUGCUCACUGGAAGGACAGAUCCUGAAGCUGAGGCUCCAAUACUUUGGCCACCUCAUGAGAGGAGAUGUUGGGAAAGAUGGAGGGCAUAAGGAGAAGGGGAUGACAGAGGACGAGAUGGUUGGACAGUGUUCUCGAAGCUCCCAGCAUGAGUUUGACCAAACUGCGGGAGGCAGUGGAAGACAGGAGUGCCUGGCGUGCUCUGGUCCAUGGGGUCAUGAAGAGUCGGACAUGACUAAACAACAACAACACAACAACUCAAUUGGCUACCAGUUUGUUUCCUUGCACAGUUCAGACCUAUAAAGCCCUUUACAGGGCCCGUAUUCCCUCAUAUGAACCUGCCUUGGUUCUGAGAUCUUCUGGGGAGGCCCUUAUCCCGCCACCCUCACAGACACACAAGACAGGGCCUUUUUGUUGGUUGCUCCCAGACUUUAGAACUCCCUCCUUGGAAAAGCUAGAAUGGCUCCUUCUUUGUUGUCCUUCCACCUUGUUCCAACGCAGGCUUUUGGGAAUUGACUUUUUUUUUUUUUGUAGUUAAAGGACUGGUGCUGUGCUGUUUUUAUUAUAAUUAAUGGCAUGCCUUUGAUUCAUUUUUAACCAAUUCUGUUAAUGUUUAAGUGUUGAUUCCCCCCACCCCAUGUUUUUAGCUAGUUAAAUAAUGGGUGGCUAAUCCAGUUUGAAACAACUAGCUCUUUGCAGUUGGCUGUACUGUCUGUGGUCCAGCACAGAGCCAUGACUGCAUUUCUUUCACCUGUCGAGACUUGGGUGCUUCAGAACGCUCAGCUCAGCGAUGCCUGUCAGUCCAGCGGAAGAAGGCCAGGGAGGAAAUUAAAACAACCCCUUUGAACUCUCCUGAUAACAGCUGCUGAAUGACGCUGUGGCAGAUUUCCAUCAAAUUUCCUUGCAUUUUAACAAACGGCACAAUAGCUAGAUUUGGGGUGGCAGAGCAGGAGUCCAAGUGCGUUGGUUGGGUGGCCUGGAAGAUUCAUCUUUUCAUCUCCUGUUGCUCUGAUUGCAUCACCCUUUCCCUUAAGCACUCUUCUCCAUCAUGCUUUAAUAAAACUCUUCGUCACUUGGUGUCUGUGUGUCUGUCUCUGUCUCCUAUCCUGCUUUUUCACCUUUGCCCUCUGCCCAUCAGCUAACCUCUGUGGCGUGCCCCUCUCUCCCACUAUGUUCUCCCCCUGCUAAGGAAAAUCACUCCUCGUCCCCCACCCCAUAAUUUGAGGGGGACAAGCUCUUGGGACCCCCGUUUUCAGCACAGCUUUCUCUCAGCCCUCCAGUUUCAGCUGGCUAGCAGGCCGCGAGCUUGACCUACCUGGAGGCCUGUCCGGCUACACCUGUCUGGAUUUAGACCAGCUCCUGGAAGGAGCACAGCAGCUGAGUGGGAAGAGAGAGGUAGUCUUGGGUGCUGAGGGCAGAGGUUGGAAUGGCACAUCUUGUAUUGCCCAGUGCAGGGGUUGGCAAUCUUUACCGGCCAUGGGCUGGAUCACUCCCACGGAGAUCAUCUGUGGGCUGGACUGGUGCAGCGCGAUGCCGGAGAUCACGUCUGCGCAUGUCCAUGGCACUGGAAAUCGCUUCUGCGCAUGCCCAGACACCAAAAAUCGUGCCUGAACAGAAGCGAUUUUCGGCGUCUGGACAUGUGCAGAUGCGAUUUCUGGUAUCUGCACAUGUGCAGAUGCCAAUUCUGGCGCCACUUGAUGAGUCUCCGCGCUGCGCUGCGGGCGGCUCGGUUUGCGGGCGGCUUGUGGGCCGGUAAAACGGUCUUCGUGGGCCACAUCCGGCCCAUGGGCCACACGUUGCCGACUCCUGGCCUAGUGUGAAAGGUUCCCCAUUUCCUGCUUAUUUAUAAAGGACCCUUCCCCCAUUUCCCCCCACUCUUCCACCUUCUCAGAAUUGAGCCCUCCCUUCACAUUGCGGGGGAAGAAAUAAGGAAGUUUCUAUUCCUUGCCGUUGGGAAGAUCGGCUUGAAAGUAUGCGGGCCAAUGUCUUGAGAUUUCCAGCCAUGGAUGCCAGAGCAAAAGCAGGAAUAAAUCGCACAGAAUUGUGGAAACUGUGGCAGAAAAUGAGAGUGAGGACGAGUCACGUUAUUCGGGUUUCCUUGACAUGGGAUUCGGGUGGCUUUGACACAGAAGAAGAAGAAGAGGAGUUUGGAUUCAAUUCCACCUUCCACAGUUCAAUUCCACCUUCCUGCCAGGCCUGUAAAGGGUUGCAGAAGGGCUCGCAGGGUGGGUGCUCAGAGAGAUGGGGUACGGCUUGGGCACAGUCCCAUCGGUCAACUGGUGAGGCUUGGAGGGCCACAUUCAAGCCAUGGGCCAGAGGGCCCUCCCUGUCCCUCAAGUCACUACUCAGUUGUACCUUGGAUCCUGAACGCCUUGCGAGUCGAACGUUUUGGCUCCCGAAUGCCGCAAACCCAGAAGGGAGUGUCCCAGUUUGCGUACGUUCUUUGGAACCCAAACGUCCGACACAACGUCCGCGGCUUCUGAUUGGCUGCAUUCUAAAGUUUUAAUAGGGGGACAAUGUUCUUUUAAAUAUUGCCUAUAAAUCUCCAAUUCCUUUUUAAACUUCUCGGUCGAUCUAUCCCUGAUCUUCUCCGUUAUAUUCGCUAGUUCCAUAUAUUCAAGCAGUUUAACUUGUCACUCCUCUUUUGAAGAAGAAGAGGAGUUUGGAUUUGAUAUCCCGCUUUAUUACUACCCUAAGCAGCUAACAUUCUCCUUUCCCUUCCUUCCCCACAACAAACACUCUGUGAGGUGAGUGGGGCUGAGAGACUUCAGAGAAGUGUGACUGGCCCAAGGUCACCCAGCAGCUACAUGUGGAGGAGCGGAGACGCGAACCCAGUUCCCCAGAUUACGAGUCUAUCACUCUUAACCACUACACCACACUAGCUCUCUGCUGGAUCAGGCCAAAGGCCCACCUAAUCCUGCGCCCUCUUCCCCCAGCGGCCAACCAGAUGUCCAUGGGAAACCCAUAAGUGGGACCCGACCUCAAGAGCAGACUCUCCCCCUCCUGUGGUUUUCGGCAGCUGGUAUUGCUGCCUCUGACCUUGGAGGCAGAACAUAGCCAUCAUGGCUGAUGGUUUCCACUCCAUUGCUUAAAGCACACCAGACACGGUUUUAUAAUAAUAUAAUAAUAACUUUUAUUUAUACCCCGCCCUCCCCAGCCAAGGCCGGGCUCAGGGCAGCUUACAAGCAAUAAUAAAAACAAGUUGAAUGAUUACAACUUAAAAACAAAAUUAAAAUACAACAUUAAAAUAUUGAAACAUUAAAAUAUUAAAAUGUAACCUCAUCGCAGGAGGAGAAGGAAAAGAAAAAAGAAAGAGAGGGAGGGAGGGAAUCAAAUUGGCUCCAAGCCAAAGGCCAGGCGGAACAACUCUGUCUUACAGGCCCUGCGGAAAGAAAUCAGAUCCUGCAGGGCCCUGGUCUCAUGAGGCAGAGCGUUCCACCAGGCCGGGGCCAGUGUUGAAAAGGCCCUGGCUCUUGUUGAGGCUAAUCUGACUUCCUUAGGGUCCAGGACCUCUAGGGUGUUGCUAUUUAUGGACCUUGAGGCUCUCCGUGGGGCAUACCGGGAGAGGCGGUCCCGUAGGUACGAGGGUCCUUGGCCGUGAAGGGCUUUAAAGGUCAAAAGCAGCCCCUUAAAUCUGACCCUGUACUCCAGCGGGAGCCAGUGCAGCUUGAACAGCUGUGUGAGGGGGAAACUACAGCUUUGGGGAUUCCUCUGGAGAAGUUCUUGUGCUUUUACAACCAGCGCUGGACGUACAUUAAGGCUUCGGCGUGGAUCACUCCGCAGCGUCAAAAUGGGCGCCAUGCAUAGUGGGCAAAAGAAGCAAAACGAAUUUGUGGGGUGGGGGGGGAGAGGCUUCUUUGCGAAUCCUUCGCCUCUCCCUCCUCAGAGAGGCCUUCCUGGCACUUUGAGGCCUGCCCCUGUGCGUUACCGUGGCAGCCGAGACGCUUCAGGGGAAAGAGCAGGAGGGCGCGCUCACUUCCCUCUCCCGGCGCUGCGCUCCGUGUGGCGAACGUGCCCGCUUGUGGAGCGCGCCGGAAGAUUGAUGCGACGUCGUAUUGAGCGGGAGGACCGAGCCGGUUCCCUUAUUUGUAGCCGUUUGUCCACGUUCCAGCUCGCCGUGUCCGUAAAUCACUUGCCAGAUGCAGCUGCCUCCCAGCGCACGCCUUUGCCGACAGGCGGGUUAAGACGCCGAAGCAGGAGCCGCUGCCGCUGCCACCCUGGCCCUGCCACAUGUGUGCCAGGGCUGGUAAUUGAGUUGGGAAGUCCUCGCGAGGGACCUGACAGUCCUGGCGGGCAGCUUGUCUGCCAUGUCAAGUAGGGGAAGAGAGGGAGCUGAGAUCUCUAUCCUUGUUUUUGUGUGUUUUGAGGUUUGGACACUUCCCCCCUCACAUAUAAAUGGACUAAUUAAGACGCAAGGAACGUUGGUGGGGAGCGUGGCGGCGGCGGCUUUUGACCCCCCCCAUUCUUCACAGAGGUUGCUGGGGGGGUCGGCGAAGCAGCGCUGAGGUUUAAUUGGCCUCAGGGAGCUGGCGGGAGACGGGUAGCGAGGCAGGAUUUUUUCCUUUCUUGCAUUUGAUUUCUUCUUCUCUUUCCCCCGCCCCCAGGGAAAGGCCUUUUGUUGCUCAGCCCUUUGAUAGCUCCCUGUCUUUCGUCUCCCUACUGAGAUCCUUCCUCUCAUUCUCUCUCUGCACCCUUUCUCCCUCAUGUAAAAAAAUCCCCUCGCUUUCUUCUCGGCGCAACUUUUGUUCUCUUCUUUUCCUGUCUAUCCUUGGUUUGCUUUCCAUCUGCCUGCCUGGGGCUGGAAUUGCCAAGCCGGCUGCGGGAAGCCAGUGGUGGGCUUUGCAAGAGCAGGCUUUGGUUCAUUCUGUCGGGAGCUGGGCCCUGCAGGCUGCCCAGGACCAGUUCCCAUCGCUGCAGAGCAGGAGGUAGGCAGAAAAUCAGCAUGCACAGGUGUCAAGACUCUGCCCUGACAGAGGGAGCCCAGCCCAGCCCGGAGCUAGUAAAGGUAAAGGGACCCCUGACCAUUAGGUCCAGUCGUGACCGACUCUGGGGUUGCGGCGCUCAUCUCGCUUUACUGGCUGAGGGAGCCGGCGUACAGCUUCCGGGUCAUGUGGCCAGCAUGACUAAGCCACUUCUGGAGAACCAGAGCAGCGCACGAAAACGCCGUUUACCUUCCCGCCGGAGUGGUACCUAUUUAUCUACUUGCACUUUGAAGUGCUUUUGAACUGCUAGGUUGGCAGGAGCAGGGACUGAGCAAUGGGAGCUCACCCCGUCGCGGGGAUUCGAACUGUCGACCUUCUGAUUGGCAAGCCCUAGGCUCUGUGGUUUAACCAACUGCGCCACCUGCGUCCCUAGCCCGGAGCUAUAUGUACAUAAAACAUGUGCUAGUACAGGGUUGGUCCUCCAGCAUCAACCUGAUUGCCAGGGGGAUUCCCCUCAAAGCCAAAUCUAGUUUCCCUGCUUUUGAUCAGCAGCAGCCUUGGGAUGUAAUUAGGGCUGGGCAAUAUAUUGAUACAUCAUCACAAAUUGGUUUGGAAUCUGUAUUGUGAUCUCGGUUUCAUAAUUUUUGACCUGGCCAUAUAUUGCAAAUCAUGAUGUGUGUGUGUGCUAUGCAGAAAUCACAAGGCAGGGAAAACCAUGAAGCCAGCCAGUGUUCCUACAUAGCUCCAUCCUUAUUCCAGACAUGAUAUAUUGGUAUAUGGCAGUGAUAAUCACAAUGUUGGAAACCAGAUAAUUGGCCAGCCCUAGACGCAGUUGAUGCCUCCCAGGCAUGAGGCCAGGCUCAGGGUUCAUACCGGGUAGUGUGGGGCAGUGGGUAGAGUGGGGCCACCCAUUCGGGUGGCUGCAGCAGAUCCAAUCAGCCUCUUGCCUCUCCAAAUCAUCUUUGCAUCAUUCCAAGCUGCUGGUGUCGCAGUGGGCUUCCUUGUCAAAAGAUCCAGGUCCAGAUCUUUUUCCUACCAUGAAGGUGAUAACCAUUACUUAUAUUCACCUGUCAACGAAAGCAACUUACAUUAAAAAAACAACAACAACAAAUCCAGAGGUAACAAAGACAAUAAAACCAGGAGUGAGCAAAAGCUAAAACAUUCGUCCAAAGUACGUACUUUGGAGAACAAAUCCUGCCCACCCCAUUAUAGGAUGAGUACAAAAAAGGAGAGGAGCUUUUGAAACAUGUUGCUCUGUCUGUCAGCCUAACCCAGGGGUCAGCAAACUUUUUCAGCAGGGGACCGGUCCACUGUCGCUCAGACCUUGUGGGGGGCCAGACUAUAUUUUGGAAAAAAAAUAUGAACAAAUUCCUGUGCCCCACAAAUAACCCAGAGAUGCAUUUUAAAUAAAAGCACACAUUCUACUCAUGUAAAAACACCAGGCAGGUCCCACAAAUAACCCAGAGAUGCAUUUAAAAUAAUAGGGCACCUUCUACUAAUGUAAAAACACGCUGAUUCCUGGACCUUCCACGGGCUGGAUUUAGAAGGUGAUUGGGCCGGAUCCGGCCCCCGGGCCUUAGUUUGCCUACCCAUGGCCUAACCCACUGAUGGCUACUGCUAAUGAUGGCUGCAUCCUGGCUCCGGGCUCAGAGGCAACAUGCCUCUCAAGGCCAGUCACUGGGGGAGAACAGCGAGAGAAGGCUGCUGCGCUCCUGCCCUUGCUUGUGGGCCCCCUUCAAGGGCCUGUGGGAAGGCAGGGGCUGGACCAGAUGGGCUUUUGGUCUGGCCCACCAGGGCUCUCCUUCCUUCCUUGGGAAGCUGUGAUUCAGAGGUCACUCUGGACUCCCUGUGAAAGUGUAGGCAUAAAGAAUAGUCAAUGAGCUUACUUGAAUUAUAUCCCCGAAGGUGGGAGGAAGCUUUUAGGUGGAUUGAUGCAUAUCUGAGGACAGCUCCCUGUGAUCCUGAGGCUGCAGAAGAGUCUUCUUAGUAACCUGUUUGGGAGCUACUGGUACUCUUUUAAAUCUGUGCCUCCGGUGACAUCUUUCUGGCCCCAGGUACCUUGGGUUACAGACCCUUCAGGUUACAGACUCCGCUAACCUAGAAAUAGUACCUCGGGUUAAGAACUUUGCUUCAGGAUGAGAACAAAAAUUGUGCAGCAGCAGCAGGAGGCCCCAUAAGCUAAAGUGGUGCUUCAGGUUAAGAACAGUUUCAGGUUAAGAACGGACCUCCGGAACGAAUUAAGUUCUUAACCUGAGGUACCACUGUAUAGACUUACCUUCCCACUCCGAGGUGGCACUGUUUUGUUUGUGUGGCUGCUGCAGGUUUUUGUUGUUGUUGUUUAGUCGUUUAGUCGUGUUCCACUCUUUGUGACCCCAUGGACCAGAGCACGCCAGGCACUCCUGUCUUCCACUGCCUCCCGCAGUUUGGUCAAACUCAUGCAGGUAGCUUCGAAAACACUGUCCAACCAUCUUCGUCCCUUUCUGCUUGUGCCUUCCAUUUUUCUCAACAUCAGGGUCUUUUCCAGGGAGUCUUCUCUUCUCAUGGCCAAAGUCUUGGAGCCUCAGCUUCAGGAUCUGUCCUUCCAGUGAGCACUCAGGGCUGAUUUCUUUCAGAAUGGAUAGGUUUGGUCUUCUUGCAGUCCAUGGGACUCUCAAGAGUCUCCUCCAGUGCCAUCAUUCAAAAGCAUCAAUUCUUCGGCGAUCAGCCUUCUUUAUGGUCCAGCUCUCACUUCCAUACAUCACUACUGGGAAAACCAUAGCUUUAACUAUACAGACCUUUGUUGGGAAGGUGAUGUCUCUGCUUUUUAAGAUGCAUGUUUUUAAAUGGGCACAAAACAUUUGGAAACCUUUGGGUAACCAGCCUAAUCAUAAGUAAUAAAGCCAUAGUAACGAACAUGGGGCUCUGGUGCAUUGCCGCAAGGGAGAGUCUGUUGGAAGCAUCAAGGGCAAGCAUUGCCACUCGCCUUGCCACACACACACACACACACACACACACACGUCUGGGAGAUGGGCAGGGAUUGCUUUUGCUGCUAUUUAGGUGCUUUGUAAAUUAUCGUCAAGCAUUAUUUCAGCAUCUGUUAACUUGAGUUGUUUCUUUGGCCUACCAGUGUGACGUUUAGUUUCAUAGCUGUUAACGCAUCGUCUUGAAAUGUUGUCGUACCUUGUGUUGUGCGUUCUUGUGAGCCGUUUUGAGCACAGUUCUGCCAUGGAAAAGCGGCCUACACACAAACGAUGGCGAUGGUCGAUUCCAAGGGCAAACCAAAAUCGUAGGAGCUGGGGAAUCUGAAAUUGACUACAGGUUCCCUCGCAGAGGAGAACUGCCUGCCAAAAUCUCCGCCAUAUGCCACCUUCAACAAUGCUGUUGCCCUCGAGUGUGCUACUAUGGCUUUUUUUGGGGGGGGAGGACCCUUUUCCCCUCCCCCAGAUCUUUAGGGACCCUUUCCCCUUCCAGCAUAACCACCUCUCUUCCUCUCCACAGCUCCAGAAAUGUAUUGCCGCUUCCCAGCUAGCUUCUGACGCCAUCUUCCAGUUUUAUCGCGAUUCGGCUCACAGGAAAUACUCCAAGUGGUGACUCUUCACACCCCCCCCCAAGUGGAACAGAGCAGAGACUUGACCGCUUAAAAAUGACGCUACGUGGCGUUGGCUGGAUCAGUGCCGCCUCCCCACGCACCUCCAGCCUUCAUUCUCCCGCAUCCUUUGCUCCGAAAGGAGAGGUGCCGUUUGAUCAGGCUGCCAUUAACAGAGAUUGUGGAACAGGCUGUGGGUUAAGAUGGCAGGAUCCUGAAAAAGCUGGGCCUUCAUUGCCACGGGCUGUGUGCUGUGGCGCUCCAUAUCUGCUGUCCCCAAGCACAUGGGCUUCCAGCUCUCUCACAUUUUGGUAAGCACGUGUCUCCCCCCCCCCCCCCAUGAAAGACAUUGUUUCCACACAGAUUGCGAGGUGGCUGUCUCUCAGCUUGGCCUAGUUGUGAAGCCAAGUUCUUCCUUUUGGAUCCUCUGCUCUCUGCUUUGCCUAAAAUAGUUUUUUUUUUGUCUGUGUGGACAUUAAAGAACAUGUUUUCCUUUUCUUUUGUUCCCCCCCGACUGUGCUAUAAACUGUCUUUACCUACCCUAAUGAAGCAGCGGAGAAAAACCUCUC